AUGAAGUCUCUCGUCCUGAUGUCGCUUUUGGCCACGGUGAUCGUCGGAAAGUCACCGCGGCUCAAAUUCGUGGUGCACGGUAGGUCGGCAGAGCUGGAUUUUUGUGGAUGCUCUUAUCAUGUCACGUUAUUAAUUACAUGUUUUACUAAUCUGAGUUAUGGGUAAAUGACUGGAUGAACGAGUGAAUGAAUGGAGGGAGAGUUUAUGCGCCGUAAGGAGGAUGUGGUCAGUGCGUUUUCCCCCCUCAUGAGCUGCGUUAUCUUGUCCCUUAGAAGAGCUGCACUAACAGUUCCUAUGAAGCCAUAUUGACGGAGCUGCCUCUGGAUUCAUCUCCUAAAACACCGCCCUCCCCCCCUCAACCGGCUGAGUAGUAAAUUACGCGCUCCAUCAUUCGGGCCCUGCAUGGACACAUGUUCACAGGGAAACCGAUUCUUUGUGGUCUUAUCUUCAUAUUCAGAGAGGGACGGUGCGCAAAAGAUGUGCGUUUUUUUUUUUGGUUGAGAUGCGUAAAAUGUGCGGAGUGCAAUCCGUGCACAAUCACAACUGAACGGUUUGGAUUUGAUUUGUGCAACUUGUGGCUUUUCUCUGAGUCAUUUCGACAACUUCUGCACUCCGAUCUCACACUCCUCUGUCUUUUAACGCGCACAGCCGUUUGUUUCUCAUGAACCAGGGGGACCUCAGCUCUGAACUGUCCGUCUCUGAACCACAGGCGCUCCAAAAGCAAACCUCUCUCUCCUCUCUUUUCGGAUGAACAUGGCGCCAGUUCACGAGCCUGUGCCCUUUAAACACCCGCCAUCCUUCCUUCCUUCCUUCCUUCCCUCCUUCCUACGCCGAAAAGCAUCGUUACAGUGAAAUAUGACUCUUAGGAGGUUGACACCGGCACUGGAGCUCUCGCGUCCUUGCGGAGCUGCAAUGCGGGACACGGCAGCUGCUUCACACUGCAGCAGAAGACCCCGGAUCCGGGAGAAGAGAGGCUCUGUUCGGGGCAGCAGACAAACAUGUAUGCUGUGUACAAACAGACAUAGAGAGAGAGGAAGAAGAGGAGGAGGAAGAAGAAGAAGAAGAAGGGAGGGGAGAGCAAUCAAUGGAAAAUUCCAAGCCGUCUCCUAGUUAUUUAUUCCACUCACGCCGUUUUACACACACACACACACACACACACACACACACACACACACACACACACACACACACACACACACACACCUAAUGUAUUCAGCAAUCAGUGGAGAUGGGGGCUGUGUGUGUGUGUGUCAAGUUAUCUGUAUCUGUAUUCCUCCCCUCCCCGCGGAUGAGCACAGUACAAAACGCACAAGAUGACGGACCCGGACGUGCGCAUCAUAUCAAUCAAACUCCUUGUUAUGCAAUUGCACGCUGAGCUCUAAACGCUUGACGUGAGGGCACAAAAAAACGCGCACAGUUCACAGGUAGAAAGCUGUCAGGGAGUAAUCCAUCAGAGACACCGUCACGGAGCUGGCGCCGUUUCAGCACCACAGACAGCUCCAAAGAGGAUCCAGGUCCGGACUUUGCCUGAUUUUGCCGUGAUAAAUCCGGAUUAUUGGCGGGUUUGCAUUACUCUAAAGACUCACAAUCUGGUUUUAGGAUUGAGGAGAAUACUGGGUUUGUUUUAAGGCUAAAGGUCAGACAUGCUGGGUGAGGUUUUUGGAGUAGAAUUGGGUAAAUAUUAGUAGGCAGUGGUCCUUCCAGUGAAUCUGUUUUUUUGCUGCCAAAAUGAAGCUUUUCUUUCUGCUCUUGCAAAAUGUUUCCAAAUUGGCUUUCUUUGGACAGAAUAACCAAGAACCGAGUCUAAAUCUGCUGGUUUAAAGAGGCCUGUGUAGUCUAGAUCAAGUCUCCGAGGGGUGAACUGCUGAACUACUGAGGAUGUGUCCAAUAGUUGAUUGGUUGGUUGAUAUAUUCAUAAUUCACUGUGGAGGUUUCUACAGCAUCCAAUCUGCAUAAUAUGUGAAUUCCAAGUCGGGCUGUCAAGAUAGUGGAGUUUAAUCUCACACAGAUAUCACAGAUAAAACAGGAUUAAUGAGAUAUUAAUACUGUUCAUUAGUCUUUCAGUGUCUCGGUGACUCUGCUGCCAGGAAACACUUGGAAAAGAGAUUUUUUAAAAUCUCAGUGUGGUUUUUUUCCUGAUUUAAUAAAGGUUAAAUAAAAUAAAUAUUUUUGGUAUUUGUGAUGAAUUUAGUUGCUUGAUUUCCUGCAAAUAAAAAGCUGGUUUUAUUUUGAAAUAUAGAGGUAAGAUUCUUCUGAAUGGCAGUUUUAAAGUGUCGAAUCAUCUCUCAGAUGAAUGCUACAGCUAGUUAGCUAGCAGCUUCUUCUUCACUGCACAAUUGUUUUGUUUUCAUUCACACCAGCGAUUCAAAUCAACUGAAGCGUUGACAUCAAUCUUACCCGUUGGUAUUAUGAAGCCAAUGUGGAAGCUCAAAAAACUGCAGUUCUAUAAGUGUCCAUGAGGGGCAGGCUGCAAAAAUGCCAAAGUGCUCAUGGUUAUAACAACAUUAAAGUAAAAAAAAAACACCCUUUUGUUCUGAGUAGCUCAUGUCUUUACUCAUACACACUUUGUAGGCUUGAAUUUUUCUUAAACUCGACUGUUUUACACAUAUGUAGACCCUGAGUAAUCCAUGAUUCACAUAAUUAGAGUUGAGUUACCAAACAGGCAGGUACAAUGCAACUGCUAGAUCUAACCUUAGCUCCAAAAUGCAGUUUUAGAUAAGAAGAGGCCCGGGGAUAGCUUGACUGUUGUCCAAAAUUGUCACAAUAAGUGCGUCCAAUCUUGGUGGGAACAAGUCGUGAUAAAUCUAGAAAGUUCAGAGCUCCAAAACAGACAACUAGCAGCAGAGCUGAGGCAGUAAAUUACAGUUUUUGAUGUGAAUGCUGAAAUCGAUAUGAUUGGACUUACAGAACGGUUCAUUCUCAAGUGUUGACCAUGUGCAGUCUGGUCAUACAGUGUCCAGUAGAAGCAGUAGUGUUAACAUUAAGCAGUCAUUUGGAUAACUUAGUUUGUGGCGUAUUAACAUCCCAUGUUAACUUGUCACCGCCCCACUUCUAUGGCCUUCUGGUCCUAGCGAUCAUUGUGGCGUGAGGUUAUCAUCUUCCUAACGUCAAAUAUCAAAGAUCAUUCAGCAGCUCUGUUUGAACGCCAAGGCGGUAAAAUAAACAAGUAACUAUGCAUGUGCAUUAAAGACACUCCUUUUACAUUGACUGCUGUAGUUGAAAGCUAUGGAGAUGCUCAGAGAGUGAAAGUUAGUGAUGUAUUUUAAAGCUCUUGUAUGGAACUUUGAGAGUUUGUGUCAACUUUGGCGCCUCCUGUGGACAAAUAAGUCAUUGCUUUGCUCGCCAUCUACAUAUAACAGUUGUGUGAACUGACAAAAAUCUCACCCUGCUGACUUUAGACAGUAAAAUUUCUGAUUCAUUGUGAAAAUUUCAUCUGUAAAAUGACAGAACAGGUCCGCCUAACCCUCACACACUGGUUUCAGAUAUUAAAAACCACAAAAUAAUGGUCUUGUUGGUUUUUUUACAUCAUAAAUAGGCUUCAAUAUGAAUUUCAGCCCAUUAUAAAAACAUCAAAAACUCACAGGAGCUUUAAGUGACUUGAGAUUGGGUGACGGACUAUAGGACAGUGUAGUAAACGAAAGGUCUUUGUUUUAAUCUGAGACAGUUAUGUCGAUUGUCUUGUUUGUUUGCCGUUUACUGGUUUUGCAGACAGUUCAGUGUUAGAAACGAGUUUGUUUUAGGUGGAAAAAUGAAGAGAGAGGCCAAAGAGAGGCUGUUUUUGCAUCUCUGAGGAACCCCUUUGAGGCUCUGCAGGAUUAGGAUUUGGAUUUUCAGUGAAUAGGUUGAGAGAGAGAGAGAGAGAGAGAGAGAGAGAGAGGAAAGUCUGCUUCACUUCAUCAUACAUUAUCUGUAAACACUGUUUUUUAAAUAUGUCUGCCGGAGACCGAUAAGGCUGGUCAAAAAGGCAGAGAGGCCACAGCAGGACAACCAAAGGGCAGAGGAUCUAGAUCUGGGACAUGGAGGAGGUGAAAGAGGAGUGUGUCGGGACGACUGCAAAGUCAGAGUCGGAGAUAAGACAACACCAGAAAGAAACAAGGAUUUCAAGGAUAAUUUGACGUCUUUGGCUGCUUUCCUAAAUAUCAGAACAUUUGGCCAAAGUUCAGCCUCCGUUUGCGCUGACCUUCUCUCUCCGUCUCAACACCUCACACAGAAACCAGGAGUCUGAUAAGUUUUCAUGUCCAGCUUACAAAAGAGGACACUGGAGUCUGGCCACAAAACGACUCUGGAAUGAAAGAGUCUGUGUCAAUAAAUAUGCAGCUAUUAUAUGAUCUGCAAAAGCCAAACAAAAAGGCAUGAAAGGCUUAAAGAUCAAAUCCGUUCUGAAACUAUUUCCAACAAAAGCCUCCCCGCUCCUCUGUUUCACUCUUUUAAUUAGCAUAUUUAUUAGCACAGUUGAAAAAUGACGGAGACUCGCUGGUUUAAAAAAAAAUGUGUUAAAUUAUUUUUGCGGUUGUAUUCAUUCAAGGAUUUCGUGCUCCUGUUAGGAUAAGGAAACUCUGAGCUUAAUGAAAAAAAAAACAAACGAGGACAUGAGGCUGUUUUUUUUCCUUGGAUCAUGAAGAGCUGACCUUUUGAAAAUUCAAGGUUUCCAACCUGCGGCAACGAUUAAGUGUCUAAAGAAGUGGAAGAAUAAGAAAGAAAGGUUCACAUUAAAUUGGUGUGAGUGAGAAGUAAGGAGUCUGAAGUUGGACCCUGACAUUUCAGCUGUUGCAGAGCGACCCCGCUGAAGGUGUACAAAGAAAGACGGAGGAUAAGACUCUGCUCAUUCAGAUCCUCUCAAGGUUGUUUAAAGAGGAGGAGAAGCAGCUCCGACAGUCUCAGAGUUCAUUAAGGAGAAGCCGAGGGAAGGUCGUGGUGGAGAGGUUCCUCCUGGAGAGGUCGGGUUCAUCAUUUAAGUUUGUUUUCAACAUUUUCAGGUUUCCAGCUGAACAUUAUGAGUUUUUCUACCCUUGGUUAUUAGUUUUAAGAAAUUAUCGCCAGGCUUUCUUGCUAAUCUUAAAUACUUGAUUCUGAUUGGUCCAAACUCUAGACAACCCUUUGACUUCAUAACUAGAGCAAUUGCUAUUCUUUCAUCCAUGCCUGCAAUUUUUAAAUUAGAUCAUUUCUAAAUCGGUGAAGAGGGUCAGUAGAUUUAUGACACCAGUUGGUAGCUGGGUAAUAAGCUGGAAAAUGAACGGUGAACUGGAAAUUUGACCUUCAAAGAGUUGAGACUAGACGACACGAGACACUUAGAAAACUUAGUAAUUUUUGGUAAUGUUUAAUCAAAGUUGAUCUUUUUUCUAUCAACUAUCUCAAGGAAGUCAAAACCAGACAUCCGUAUUAGAGCUGGGCCAUAAACCGAAAAUUUACAGAUACCAAAAUUUAGAACAAUAACCAACGUUAUUUUGCCCAUAUUGGUAUAUUCGGUUUUUGGAUCUGUGUAGGUAGGCUAUGGUCUCAUGUCCCUUUAACCCGGGAUUCCCACCGCAUCCAGAACGGCUGCAAUUUCGCCUUACGCCAAUUCCUACCGGUUCCAUUUGUGAGGCGAAUUUUGUGGCGGAUUACAGACAGCAGGAAUUGUGAGAACUCACAAGAACCUGCAGAUUCACGUUCAAUCGUGCGAUAACAAGUUGUCUUUAGCCACAGAGGCUAACCAUAUAAGCAGUAGAUUUUGUCCUUCCAGAGGAGGAAAUCUACUUCUAGACUUCUAGAAUCAGCAUCUCCUCAUCCAUGGUGUCAUCGGGGUGAAAUGACGUCUAAAAACCUUUCACUUGUUCGACUCCGCCCGUUUGCAUGGUGUGAAAUACGAUCCUCCUGAAACACGGAGUGUUUUAUUUUGAAAAGAAGCCGGAUGUUUUAUUUUGUGUCUGUGCCCGACUUCCUUUCCAGCACGGGUUAAUCUGUGCUGAAUUUAUCCGCCAUGCUCCAGCAUCUGAAAAAAAAGAGUUCUUAUGAUCAGCUGUGGAGUUCGGUGAUCCAGAGGAGCGGAAAGAAGUCGGUGGAAAUUGACACGUUAACUUGAAUGAAAACUAUCAGCUGCGAUCGGCACAUACGGCCUUUUUUAGCCGCUCUGGAUGCGAUGGAAAUUGGGGGUAAGAAGUUGUCCUACCUCGUAGGCGUGACUCCACCCCAUCCAGUCCAUAACAAAGAGGGAAAGACAGGUGAGGAGAUGGAGAACGGAGAGAAAGUUGGAGCAGCUGAAGUAGAAGAAGUUAAUGUGGGAGGGGGUGAGCAGGUUGUGGAGAAGUUAUCUUCCAUUUAUCGUUAUCGAGGUGAACUGAUCAAUAUAUCGGGAUAUUGAUUUGAGGCCAUAUCGCCCAGCCCUAAUGUGAGCUUUGUAAAGUUAUUUUUGGUGUUCUCCCAGUUAAACAAACCUGAAAAACCUCCAAACCAGCUCUACUCCAUGCUGCUCUGAGCUCCUCAUGUUGUUUCCACUCGUGCGUUUUGAGUAAACUCUGAUCUAUCACGUGUUUCCACGGCCAACCACACCCUUACUUAGAAAGCAGAGGCUGUGUGAUAUCAAAGCAGAGCGAAAGGUUAUUUAUAACAGCAAUUAUUAAAGAAAUGUGGUCUGACAGAAAGUCUUUAGCGUUUAGACUUUGAGAUAGAAGAAUGACUGAUGUGAGCGGCGGCAGGAAGGAUGGAAAUUGAUGAUUGUGCAGAGAUGGUGUGAGGAUGGAGGAGCGGAGGGGCGUGUAUGUAUCAGCAUCAGAGGGCGAAAGGUAGAGGAUGAACACAGACAGAAGAAAUAUGAGUUUGUGGAUAAACAAGCUCCUAAUGAAACAGCUGAUUAUGAAACAGAGGAGGAUGUGGAGGCAGAUAAAGACAAUGGUGGACAGCCAGGAUCUUUAACUCUGUCUUCUUGGCACUUGAGGACUUUUAUGACCAAUCAGAAGAUUGCAGUGUGACUGGAUCCAUCCUUUAGGGUCAGAUAGGGACAGUUGGUACCCCAGUAAAAGGGCGCCAAGAGAGAAGGGCGGUACACAUCUGUUAUUUUGGUUGGACAGGACCAUCUGGUAGAAACAACAACAAGCUCUUUAAGAUAAGAUGAUGCCUGACCACGAAGAAGAUAUUAAAAUCUACCCUUAAUUCAACAGAGAGCCUCGUGUUAGGGCUGGGCGAUAUAGCCUUAAAUCAAUAUCACGAUAUAUUGAUCAGUUCACCUCGAUAACGAUAAAUGGAUGAUAACUACUCCACAAGCUGCUCACCCCCUCCCACAUUAACUUCGUCUACUUCAGCCGCUACAACUUCUGAACCGUCCUCCAUCUCCUCACCUGUCUUUCCCUCUUUGUUACUGACUGGAUGGGGUGGAGUCACGUCUCUGACGUAGGACAGCGUCUUAAAGGGACAUGAGACCAUAGCCUACCUACACACAUCCAAAAACAACUUUGAUUUGUUUAUUUUUUUGACACCGAAUAUACUGAUAUGGGCAAAAUUACGUUGGUUAUUGUCAUACAUUUCAGUAUCUGUAAAUUUUCUGUUUAUCGCCCAGCCCUAACUCAGGCUGCCGAGUCUUGCUGAAAGGGACUUACAGUAAUCUGACCAGUGCAUGGACUGGUUUUUCAGGGACAGGAUGUGUCAGAUUUUUGCACGGUGAUUAAAGUGUGGGAGUUUGAGGAUACAUCCUUAAACUAGAUCAAAAUCAGUAGCUCAGGAGUUGAAAUAUCAGUUCUGGAUCAUAAAGAGAAAAGAGAGGAACAGUGAGUCCUGCAGGGGAGGAUAUAUAGACUGUAAUACAGCAAAUACUGAACUCCUGAUCUGUUGCCCACACUCAGCUGAAUGCCUAAUGAGCUGCAUACUUCACCCGUGCAGCGAGAGCACGAUCCCUCCCGUCAACCCGGCGAUCCGUUUCACCCCCACAGGUCGACACGCGUCAAUAAGAGAUACUUGAACUCCUCCACUUAAGGACAAAGUCAUGCUUCCCAAACUCAGAGAUUUCUUAAACGGUUGAGUCAGACCAAAUGUAAUAGGCGCAGCCACGCUUUUCACUCCGGCUUUUAGCAUUUAAUUUCUGUUAUCUGAAAACCUGACAAAUCCCGGCUGUCGGCUUCUCAAAGAAAUAUUCCUGCUGAUCUGUCCGAGCGCUCAGAAGACACAGAAGCAUGCAUCUCUGCCCGCCGCAGACAUCAGCCACAUUGGCUUCCUUGUGCACAGCAGACUUCCAUGUGAGGUGCAGGCUCCAUCAGUUCGAGUAUGAGAAGGCGACUGUUUCCAUAGAAACUUGGAGAGCAGCCUACAUCAACGGUUACCAUCACUUCAUCCUGGCUUUGCUGUCAGACUGGAUGUCUUUUUCCUUUUUUUCCUGCACAGACACGGUCACAUAAGCACGACCUUUCUUCAUCAGCUCAUUUAUUUGAUUGUUUUUGGAUCUUCCUUGUAUCAGUGCAGGUUUUUUUGUUUUAUGUUUCUAACUCUCAGGACUCGUCUUGAUGUCGUCGGUGCACAAAGCUCAAAAACAUCUCGACAAAAUGACGCAGAAAUGUUUGGAGCCCGAUCAAAAGGUGUCUGACUGUGACGUUUAUGAGCCCCUCUUCGAUACGGAGCAUUUGUCAUUAGACAUGCCAGCUUUUCUGCAGGACUCUAAUAUCUUCUAGAUGACUUUUUGCUCAUGCUUCACAGCCUUUCUAAUCUAUUUUUAAAGCACAGGCUCAGUUUCAGUGUAGGUACAUGCGAGUGUGAUUAAAUGAGUGAAUCAGAAAUGCCAAAAUGUACUUUUAAGCCUUCUGGGGGUGUCCUGAGUGUAAUUCAAACAAACAUUCAUGGUGGAGUUUGCCCACAUGAUGAUUUCAGUGAUAUUUAUGCUCCCACCUGAUGGCCUUUUCCUCCAACAGCCCAGAUUUCUUUAAAGGCUCCGUGUUCAAUCUAAAAACUAUAAAGGGCAGAGAUGUAGGAUCGGGUGUUUGGGUAAAUCAAACCACUUCACAGCAGGAGUUCUCAGGCUGGUCCUCAUAUAGACAUCAAAUUAAAGUCAGCGAGUCUGGCUCUCAGCCAUCAGGGUUUCUAGACUUCAAUCAAACCUGCAUGAGAAACCGAGGAACCAAUCUCACUUUUACCAACAUCAUACCGGUCUGUUAGUCCUUGAAUUCAUGACUGUUUCUGUCUUAUUCCCUGGUCCUCCAGUCCCUGUUUACUCAAUGGUGUUGCUGGUUUUAUGAGUCAGCGUUUUAGCUCCCAUCAGGAGUUUUGAGCUGGUGAGAUUACUUGGGCUGAAACGAUUCUUCAGGUAGCUCAAUUCAAAAAUAUGAUAGAGGAAUUUUCUCUGCCUCAAGUACUUCUUUGUAAACUCAAAUCGUCACUUUUGGUUUUGCAGAGCGGAAAAAACGAAUGAUGAGACGAGCUUUUCUUCUGCAGAGCUCUAGUCGCUCAUUAGCAAUUCGCCUGUGAGCCCUGUACACUCCUCUUCACGCUAACUUGCAGCCUAACAUUGCCGGUGUAGUAGAAGUAGCAGGUAACAUAGGAGAUAUUCAGCUCUCAGACACUGAUGUCUUUAAGGACAUAAUGAAAGUUAAUAUCAUAAUCAACUUUCUUACGAGCAUUACAAUCACUUGUUCCAUGAUAAUUGCACUUUUUGCACAAAAAAAUAUGUUUUAUCCGAUUACUCAAUUAAUUGAUGGAAUAUUAGGUAGAAAACUCGAUUACUAAAAUAUUCAACAGCACAAAUAGUAAAAGGAGAGUCUCUGUUAUUCCAUAUGACUGUCCAAUUGUAAAGCAUGUCAUCAAUGCUAACUCAAUCGACUUUCAGUCAAACCUAGCAUGACGUAAAGAUUAUGAGUUCAGAAAUCGGCACUUAAAUUAACAUGUUAUUGAUGGAGGGGCUUGUUUUUUCUAUGGGUGUGUAUGUGGCUUGCAAGGCUUUUGGAGCUAGCCUCAAGUGGACACUCGAGGAACUGCAGUGCUAGAUAGGCAAAGAAUAAAAGCUGUCAUGUGCCACAUGUCAAUCAAUCAAUCAAUCUGUAUUUAUGUAGCGCCAAUCAUCACAAGAUGCUUAUACAUAAAGUUGUUCCAGACUCUGUUUUUAACGACCCUGAUGGGAUCAGACCGACUCCCCUCCCUUCUUAAACAAAACAAAGAACUUCCUGUAACAGGCAGAAACCUCGAGCAGAACCAGACUGACGUUAGACAGUCAUCUGCUGAGAGUGAGCUGGUUUAGAGAGAGAGGUGCAGAUUUGUUUUAAGGUAAUGUCAUGUAGCCAUUACUAAUUACAGUCUCAUCCACAGGGGGGCGCCAAAAUCAACACAGCCCCAGGAUCAUUUUAGUCAGAAAACUUCAUUAAUGUUUGUUUUCUUGGAUCUGAAUUAUUCAGCUCACUUCUCUCCAUUUCAAUUAGGGAAACUUUCCCCUCGAGUCACCUUCUCAUUGCACAAACAAAAACAUACAUUAAACAAUUAAAAACAGCAGUAAUGCGCCGGAGCUCGGCUCUUGACUACCACUUUGCCUCUCUCAUAUAUUACUUUGUUAUGCUCCACAGAGCCCUCCAGGUUCCACUUCAACAAGCCGGAGAACUACAUCAGCAUGUAUCACCAGGAGGGGAGCGAUACGCUGUACGUGGGCGGCCAGGCCAUGGUCUAUGUGUUGACGUUUACCAACAGAGGGGUCCGCGACCUGCAGGUACGCUUAACUCCCGUGGAUUUUGCUGACUUGCAUGCAGACGUUGUUAGGAGGUUGUUUGGGGGGAUUUAAUCUCUUUGCUCCAGAUGGUGUGUUUUUAUUGAGGAACCAGGAAAGAGCGGUUUUAAAAGAUCGUUUGCAACAACCAGUUGAAGCCCUUAAUGCUGUUCACUCAAUAACACUUAGAUGAACUCACUUACUGAUGUGUUUUCAGUGUCUCCUGAUUAAUGAUCCUCGUCUGAGGAGUGUUUGGUUAUGUACAAAAUGAGCUUUUCCAUUUUCCGUCUUCCUAACUCUCUUAUUGCUCCUGAUAAAAUUAGAAUAACACCUCUGCAUAUGCGCCCCUCUCAGUCUGUUGUACGUUUGGUUUCCUUGGUGUCACAUAUUUCCAAGAAUAGCUCGGCCCACCUUCAGCCUGAGCAGAGGUCUAAUCAGGCAAACUAACGAAAAUAACCUGUCUGGGUGUUCAGGGCUCUCAAGUCAAGUCAAUUACAUUUUCUUAAUAAAGGCCAAAAUUGCAAAAUGUCCCAGAAGAUUAAGAUUUGACUGUCGGAUGAGCAACCUGGAGCCUGUUAACCCUUUAGAGGGCCUGUCUGAGUGCAGACCAGCAGACCGAUGCACCUUCAUGUCUGUGCAUUCAGCAUGCAGGAGGCAGCAGGCAAUUAGCAUAGCUUAGCAUGAAACUGUAGGCAGGAGAACAGCUUGUCUGUUGUUGCUAGAGGUAAAACUGUGCCUACAGACUCCUCUGAAGCUCACUAAUGAACAUGUUGUUUCAUAUUCAUUCAAUUUGUAGAAAAACGAGGACGGUAAAAACAGCAGAUUUACUUCCAGAGGUUGUGUCGCUCCUUUGUGAUUGAUGAAACGUGUCUUAAAUUUAGCAGAGGCAGAGCUAGUUCAGGCAGGCACCAGUCCAAAGUACACCUGCUGAUCUCAAAACCAGCCCUGGUCGCUCAGCUGAUUACCUCCUACUUUUUAACCUUCCUCUGCACCAGCUCCUCCUGUAUUUUUCCUCCUGUACCUCGGUGGUCUUUGCUGCUGCUCUCCCUGCCUUGGCUUGUAAUGUAUGCUGAUGAUGCAGAGGGAGGUCUGCUCUUUCCUCUGCUGGCUUUGACGUCCCACGUACACUCGUGGAAGGGCGGGACCUCUCAGAACAGAGCCACACCGUUAACUAGAACUUAAUGCAUGCAAAAAUGAAUCCUCCUUGACUUUGUGGGCCUGACUGAAAUAAAAGUUGUAUAAAAGUGAACCACUGAGUAUUAGCCAAUUACAGCACAGCAAGCUGGAUCUUUGAGAGCUUAAGGCCCCGUUUAUACAUACCCGGUUAUUUUUAAAAACAGACAUUAACCAUGAUUUGCACCCUUAGUUUAGAUGCAAACGGUGCAUUUUACCCCUGAAAAUGAUGCUUUUUAAAAAAUCUGUCCAGAGUGGAGAUUUUGGAAAACUUCAUUUACACAUUUGUAUGUAAAUGGAGGUACACAGAGAUUUGGGUAGCUGACAGCAGAUAGCGCUCCGGAAACUGGGUUAAACGCGACGUUGUUUACAAACUAUGGUGAUCAUGGAUGCAUGCAGAAUAGCAGUCGCAUUUAUGCUGGUGCACUCCCUUUAUAUUUGUUUCCCUGCUAUGCGGGAUUCUGAUUGGCUAACAUGGGCUUGAGCUUCUCACUACACUGCCACCUACAGGUUUGGCAUGCUCUUGACAGCAAAAAUACAUGUGUUAGUAUAAAUGAAAACUUUUCUGGAAAUGUAGUGGUGUACAUGUGGUUUUUUUCGUAAACGGAGAGGGUAAAAGGUCCGUUUAUGACAAUAGCGAGGCACGUGUAAACAUAGUCUGGAGGUGGAUCUUCUUGUCCCUGGAUAAAGACUCCUGCUCCUGGUUUGGUUCUUCUACUUUCAUAACUUUGCUGCUAGAGUCCACCAGAGUCUAAAAAAACAACUGAACUGAGCAGAAGCAGAUCAGCUCGUCCUCAGGAUAAAGUACAAUAGGUGAUAACUUGAGCUGUCCCUCUUUCAUGCCUCCUGCACCGUUUUAAACCCUAAGUAGCUGAGAAAGAUGUUAAGCUCAGAGUGCAUGUACUACCAGAAAAAAGAGUGAUCUGACAUGAAUCACAAGUAGCAGGUUUAACUGAGCGUAUUACUCUUAAAUAUAUUCCUCUCUGCAGGUUUGGUCCGAUUCUGCAGCAUGAAAACAAAUACAGCUGCCCUCCUGCUGUGAGGGCCACACAGAGAGCCAGAGAGGUCAGAGAGAGAGAGAGAGGGGCGAGCUAACCGGCCUGCAGCUGACCCGCUUCAGCGGCUCAGGGUGAAAAAAGUCAGGUCAUGCAUACAUUAGACAUUCCUCUUCCUGUGAGGAAAGAGGACAUAUUUCAUAGAGCUAAUAAUGUCAGCAGAGGCUCAGGAUUACACACCGUGUGGGAUCCAGCGUCAGAGCCACUGACUGCUCUGACAAAUUGAAGCGACCGCUCACUCGCUCACUCAGUGCUUCAUCCGAAUGUGACGACAGCCUGUUUUCAGAAUAAUUGAGGGCUUUGAGAUGUUGUUCUCUCAGUGGAGGCAGAAAGAAUGGAAGAAAAACACCAGUUGGGUUUUCUGUCUUAUGGCAUUGAUGGACUAUUAGGAUGUUUAAUGGUGUGUUUUUCUUCUGCACAUAUUUAAGAGACAUUUUGUCAGGAUAGCAGCAGGUUUGGUGAAGCAAAGACGUUAAAAACGCUUUUUUAAUACAGCAAGAGCAAAAAUGUUCUCUCUGCGUCAGUCAAGCAGGAUGAAAGAGUGAGAGAGACGUUUCUACCAUUGAGAAAUUACAGUGGGAGUCGUUCAUUAUUAAAGGGUCAGCAGAGUCAGAUAUCUAACUUUUACAAUGUUUGUUUGACUGAAGGGCAAAACGCUCAGAUGAAUUCAUUCUGCCUCUUUUCACCAGUUUUCUACCGACGUACAAAAAGAACAGAUUGGUUUAGGCAGGGCUGGACACUAACUUUACUCACAAGGAGCACAUGAAGAACUUUAGAGGCACAAUGAAAACUGAUCAAACAAUGUGAGUCUUAUUGGUCGACAUAAGUACUAUUAUUUAAAUCAAUUUUAGGUCUUUUGGUCAUGUGACAUUGAAGCUCUGAGAACAUCAACCGGUAAUUUAUUGACGGUCCCUUAUUUAACACCCAACGUUGACAGUGAGGGUGUUGAGUAGACUUAACCGUGCUGCUGGUCUUAUGAUCUUGUGUAGCUCUAUCGGAGAAGUUUAGCUAAAACUGACACUUAACGUCCUUAGUUUGGAUCUAAUUUAGUUUCACAUUAAAGUAAAAUUAAGAAAAUGUUUGAUUGUGGUAAAAACCUGCAGAUGAAUUGUGCAAAAACAGCUAAAGAUGCAGAAAGACGAUACAGACAAGAUCAACAUCUAUCAGCUCUCUGUUUGAAACUUAGUUCUGAAUUAAAGAGGGUUUAAUGACGGAGGUUUCUUAAUCUCAUUUUGUUCUCGGGAAUUAAAGCUCCUGUGAAGAGUUUUAGCUGCUUAUGAAACAGACUGAAAAUAAUACCAACGUCUCUUGAUAACCUAAAAAGCAAACAAGACCAUCAGGGGGAGUUUUAUCAUUCCUGCAGAGCAAUCUUUAACUGAACCGCCACGAGGGAUGUCAGACAAGAAGAUUAACAACCAGCAGCCGAGACGAGGAAAACAAGGCAGAGGAGAACUUCUUUUCUGCAUUUAUAAUCACUGCAUUUCAAACUUUGUCUGUCUGAAAAAAACUCCUCACAGGUGUUUUAGAGGGAUCCUGGGAAAUGUGGCGUACAUAAAAAAGAGUAAAUGAUAAAUAAAUGCAGCUGAAGUCAGUGUCUGCUGGCUGUGAGGAUUGUGUUUCAGGGUCGCCGCCGCCGUCUUCAUGCUGAAACCGAGAACUUGGCACAAACUAAACCCUCCUUCCUCCCACAGAUCCCAGCGGCUUCUGAUCAGACUGCGAUUGAUACCUGCAAGGCGAAGGCGGCACCGCUCGAGGUAGAAGCUCAUCUUCACUGUCAGCACCUCCAUCACUCCUGCAACGCUCUCUCCAUCAGUGGAUCAUCAUCAGCACCAUCCUGUUCGCUCAUCACCAUUCCCAUCAUCAUCAUCUUCAUCAAAGUCAUCAGCUCUCGAACCGCGCCGAGGUUAGCGCUUUAGUUUUGAUCGGCUGGUUUAGACUCAUGUUGUUUCUGUAGGACUUGUGAGACUAAAUGUUAUGAAUAAAUGCAACAAAAACCUGCAAUUACCAGAAGCGGACAUAAAAAAUGCUAAUGUAUACAGAGCAGAGCACACAGGAGACAGCUGCACCUCAAAAUGAGCAGAGCAAACAAAGCAAACACGAGCGAGAUGUUAAUAACUGAAGUCAAUAAUUCCACCAGGUUUCACAGAGAGGCUGAGGGGAAAAAACAGGAUUUAAUCCAAUAUUUAUCUUUUAAUAAGUCUUAAAUGUUGGAGAGCUUCAUUUUAAUGUGAAACGCUCCAAGGCUAAUGAAUAAUCUUAACAAGCUGAGGAAGCGGAGCUCCUUAAUAUCCUGAAAACAAAGAAAACCGACGACAGAAACAGUCGAUUCGGGCAGAAGAGUCAAAGGCCUCCAGACUUUAAGGGUCCUUUCAGAUACCGAGACUCCCAGAGACAUCAGUCAGUAAUUCCAACAUCCAUCUGACACAUUUUUAUAAUUACAGGAAAUUAACAAGACCCUGAAAUCAUGUUUCAUCUACACUCGGUUAAUUUUAUGCAUUUUCUCGACCCAAAAAAGACGGGAAUUAAUUUUAUGCCGCUUUAAUUAGCCGGAUUUGAAACUGGAGAUGCUUCACAUAUGGCUCCGAUCUCCAUCAUCUCCAAGUAGGACUCUCUGAGGGUGCACAUGACUUCAGUUUGUCUCAUGAAGGAUUUGGUCGAGAGUACUGAAAAUAUUUAAACAGAGGAUGGUUUGCUCCCCUGAAAUGUGAAGAUUCAGAUCCAAAAUUCAGACCACGUUCUCGAUCCUGAGCGGCGAUCAGACCCGACGUACAGUAUUUACAAAAACACUGUACAGUUGCGUGACAGAUGCGGACUGUAAACUCACAGAAAUGAAGGCUAACGAAAAGAUUUCAGUUACACAUUUGAGGUCCGACUUGCACAUAUCGGCUCCAGAAAAACGGUCUCUCUCGAGCAGGAGAGGCAGAAGGCGAAGUGGAUCUUGGCGUACAGGAAUCCAAGAAUAAAUAUGUUAUCAUCUGACAACUGUUUAGCUUUAAUGAAUCUCUGCUAACAGAUAUUUGCAUGCUAGUACAGUAACACCCUCUUCUCAGAUCUGGUCUCUUUCAUUUCUUGAACUGCACGGACCAGAAAACCUUUGGGUUUCACUGGAAGCUCUAAAGACUUCUUUCUGGACCCUGAGAUUUGGGUCCACGAUCAAAAAAAAGCAGCUGGCAUCUGGACGUGGACUGCAAUCCAUCCUGCUGAAUAAAAAUGCUUAUUUAAAGGGAUUAAAGAGCUGAGCAGUUGUCUAAUCGAGGCUGAACGCUGCAGGGUUGGAUUUACUUCUCCUAGUUUUCCAGCACCACUGAAACUGAGUGUAUGAUACCACUUGGACUCCAUCCAUCCAUUUGUUUCUGCUGAUCUGGGGGUGGAAAACAGUGGCAGCGAACUAACUCGGUCUCUGCGAGCAUCUCUUUACCUGCUCCUCCUGAGGGAUUCAGGCGUGGAUGUAAAAUACGUCUAACCUCUGAGUUUGACAUGCUGAGAAAACCUGCGAAGGAUGGCGCCUCAACUGGCGAGGGGUGGUGGUGGCUUUGGUCUGAGUUCAUGACCAUACUUCCUUCAGAGGAAACUCCAAAUUUCAUUCAGACCGCUUAAAGACUCACUUUCAGACGAAGCAACCUGCUGCAAAACGAGGCCUUGAACUGGACUCAAAGGCUGCGGUUCACUUACUCAAAUCAGAAUUCAUCUGUUAAUAGAUCCCGUCUUGAAAUGUCGAGUGAACGCCCAGAACUCUGCCAGGAGGCCUCUCUUCUUGGCAGAUCUACUUGAAAGUCCAAAACCCUGCCCUCAAACACAUUUGUCACCGGGUCUGAGGAAGAGAAUCAGUCCAUCAAAACAUUACCGCACAAAUCCAGAGAUGAUUGCAUUUCCUGAAACAGGUCAGACCUCGCUCGGAGACAAUGUCAAUAGGUUACUUAAAGAAACGUAAGCGAUUUAAAAGCUUUCACUUCUUUCUUAUUCUGCUGUCCAUCACUCUGAAGCAUCCAAGGCUCAGACUCGACAGUCUGCAGUCCGAUAAUCUCCCGUCUGAUGGCACUGAAGGACUGAUAUUCAUCUUUUUUUCACACAUAAUGUGCACUCUGCAGAAGCCGGAUGUCUAAUGGACUCCAACCAUGAGUAUGUUUUCAUCAGGGCAAGAGCUCUCACCGAAAUUAACUGGCCAAGAAACUCCAUCAUUUCAGUUUCGCCUCUCAAAUCCGACUGUACAAAGUUUGAAAAGAGUGUUACUGGAGUUAUGGCACAGAACAAAGAGGGCACUGUCUGCUCUGCAUAAACAGAGCUGAAGCUUCCAGGGAGUCUGGCAGCGGCAGAUGGUGGAAAAUAAGAACGCUCUCUGACUGACGCAGUAAAUCUCCCCCAAUAAAACCCCCCAGUGCUGGGAAGGAGAGUGAAGGACAGAGGCAGCAUCCCUCAAUGACAGGUUUCUGGAGAACAUUACCUGUGUGUGCUCGAGUGGAGAUGGUGUAACAGUAUGUAGCACACAUAACAUGAUGGGCAUAUUUCCAACCAUCGCUGAGCUAGACGUGUCAUUGGACUGACUGUUCGAGUCAGCUUCAAGUUGUCCAGAGCGCCCACGGUUUCUGAAAACUGAGUCCAACCAGCAACUUUAAACAAUGAGUAAACUCAGAAAAUCCAUCGUCUUCAAUAAUCUUCAACUCUCUCUUGGAUUUUCAGGGUUAGCGUUUGAGAGUUUUGCAAAACAAGGCGCCCCAUAAAGCCGUUUCUAAGGUGACCAUACAUCCUCUUUUACCUGGACAUGUCCUCUUUUUGGGGGGCUGUCCAGGAAGUUUAUAAAAAUCCUUCAAAUGUCUGCGGUUUUGUACGCAAGUUUCGAGUUUGUGUCGGGUGGAAUUACUGAGUUAGAAGCGCGUAAAAGACACUUGAUCCAAACUGAAAAACUCAAAAUUUUUCAUCGCAAAAUAUUAGUCACCUGCAAAUGACUUGGCAAAGAUAGAAUAAAGACACAAAUCCAAUAUCCCAGAAAAAAACCCAAACACAGCGCCAAGUGUGGCCAACCCACCGACUAUGUUGAUAGAUUUAGCGACUUUCAGACACUCCUAGCGACGUAUUUUCAAAAUAGUGCCUAGAGACAAAUCUAGCGAGUUAUCUGGAGUUUAGAGACUCUAACAUGGAAGCAGGUUUCGAUGUUACUCUUCUCAGCGGGUAGCUGGUGUGCAUCAAAACCACAGACACGUACAGACACUCCUCCUCGGUGGGUUUGACUAAAAAAUUAUGCAAAUUAGGCGAUGACGUCAUCUAGCGACUUUUGGGACAGCCACUAGUGACUUUCCUUACUGAGGAGCUGGCAACACUGACAGUGCCCUUAUGAGGCAGCUACAGCUAAAAACUGCAGUUCUUCAAGUGUCCACAAGAGGCUAGGUCUGAUAGCACCACAUGCUACAUAUACAUUUAUAGCGAAAUAUGAUUACUAUAGAAACCAGCAGGAGACGUCAGUGAGAUUCAGUCCGUGUUUUACACCAUCUAUGACUUACUGCACCGCCGUUUCCUCGGGAUAGUAGUUAAUUAUUACAGAGAUUACAGUUUCAGCUCGCAGCAUGUCGCCCACCAGGAGCAGCCAUGCCUUUAAUUACAAACUUUAAAAUAGGACAAACAAAUAUCCUCUGUGGCUGCAGAUAUUAAAGGUUAUCAUGGAGCUCUGUGGGGAUUUGCUCACCUGUGAAGCUGGCCCCAAGUGGCGCUUUGUGGAACUGCAGAUGCAUAAAUCUACUGCCUUCUGCCACUCGGUGAUAAAAUCAACUUAUCUCAGAGUGAGAGAGCAAACCUGGAGUCUAAACUGAACAUGUCUUUCUAAAGAUGAAAUAAAACAUACAAACUUGCAUAUACACGCCAAAAACUACCAACCCGCCUACCCGUCCACCUACAUAUCCACCUACUCAUCCACUUACACAAGCUCCGGCCUUGAUUUUAGGACUUGCUGAUCUUCUUCCUCCAUCUCCAGUUUCUUUUCUAACCUCGUUUCCAUCAGAGUUUGUGAUUUGAUUGUUUUCUAAAGAGCUCCCUUCUUAGUUUAAGACUCUCCGCUGCGACUUAAGCCCGAAAAGGCGGCCCUUGAGGAUGUACUCUGAAUUCAUUUUCCUCCUCCAUCUGCUAAUGUCUCGGAGGUGGAAGUCCAUUUUCUGUACUCAGUGAAUAAGUGAUGCAUAUGGAGUGAUGCGGCGCUGUACUGCAGGGCCAAGCCUCCACGUGUGCUGUCUGCCAAAAAUGUUUAUAUCAUGGAUCGCCUCCAAAUUCUCUUGAAUCGCCCCCUCUCUCUCUCUCUCUCUCCUCAGUAAUCUGUUUAGUCUUGUACUCUCGCUUUGUUUCCCAAUCCUUCUUUUCCACCUUCCUCCCCUCUGCUCUUGUUUUUCCUCAUUCCGGUAGUUUUCCUCUCUCCCUCUGCGCUCCGUCUCCCUCUAAUCUUUGCUUCUCAAAUGCCUGAGUUUGUUAUUUUCCCCCAUUUUUGCCUCUCUGUCUCUCUGCAUCUUUUAUCCCUCUCUGAAUUCCUGUUUUUUUUCCCUCCUGCCUCAUUUUCUCCUGCCUUUGUACCUCUCUCUCCUCUUGUCUCUUUAUCACAGCUGGAGUGUGAUAAUUUCAUCACCGUCAUUCAGAAAGUAAAUGACACACUCAUCGUAUGCGGGACAAACGCUGGGAGCCCCAGGUGCUGGAUGCUGGUAAGAGUUCUUCGUAUAAAUUCCUUGAAAUGCUUCUUGAUAGUCUCAUGUAGCUCGUACAAAUGCCCAGAGUUUAUGGUUUGCAGCUGCGGCUGCUGCUCCUCGAGUGUAAACGGUCUGUAAUCGUGAUUGGCCUUUAUUUAUUCGCUCACUUGUUUCAGAUGAAGGCCUGGAGUUAUUUAUUCCCAUAGAGGAUGUUUAAUGAAUGGGUAAUAAAAUUAAGCACCCAAGAAUUAGAAGAAAUUUCUCCAAUCCACUUUAUUCACUAAUUGAAAGUGUUGGAUAUUUGGUGAGAAGCUGUAAGUUUAUAAUUCAUCGAAUGGUUUCAAACGCGGGGCCACCCCCAGGCUAAGUCUUUCCCUCCUCUCCUGUCAGGUGAACGACACCGUGCUGACUGACGUUCAAGGGAACGGGCAGAUAGCUUCGGCCUCUGACAUCUCACCAGCCUACCCUUCCCAGAAGUCCAUCAACCUGCCUGCAGGUAAGAAAUGCAAAGAGGAAACCAAAGGUGUGCUGGCAGAGUUCAUGAUUCACUGAAGGAGGAGGAGGAGGAGGAAGAAAUAAAACCUUGAAAAAGCACAAAAAUCUUCAGUGGAGCUUCUCAACAAAGGAGAGUCUUACUUAUGAAAACCAGCAUCAGCAGCUGGAAGAGGACUGCAGGUUAAUGAGCUCCUGUGUGACCACGAGCAGAGCACUGAGAGUUCAAAGUUCACAGGAUUAGAAGACCUGGACCAGCUGGAUCUUCUCCUGGUGGGAGUUUGGUCAAACCGGCAACACGAUACACAACUACUCACAAUCUGCUGAUUGGAUGAAGCCGACGAACAGGCUACAUGCAGCUAGCUAAUGUAAAAGUUUGAUCCCAUGACGACAAAAAGAAAACGUGAAGUGACCAAAUUUUAACCAGCGGUCAAAGAAACGGACAGCAGAAAAGUUUCUGAGCAGUCUGGAUGAGGGCUGCAACGAUGAGUCGACAUUGUUGACAAAAAUCAAUCAUGAAAAAAGUCGACGGUGAAUCCGAUUGUCGACUAUCGCCAGACGUGGAGUGAGACAUCUUACUUCAUUACAAAAUCUGCCCAGAGUCACACACGCGCAAUAGCAUCUUCGCCAAGUGGUAGGGUAUUCAAACAUGGCGGCGCCGGCGUCCCAUACAGCAGCUACGAGUACGCACUCAAAAACCUCCAAAGUUUGGGAGAACUUCAGCCUAGAUAAGAUGAAAAUGUUCAAAUCAGAAGAAAAUUCAUGACCAUCAAAUUAAUCGGCUAAUCGUUUCAAUAGUCAGUGAUGAGUCGGAAAAUAGUCGUUAUUAUUAGUUAUAAUAAUAAUGUUAUAUUAGUUGCGGUAUGUCAGACGAAGAAUUAAAAAGACUGAAUUUUGAGGUUGACUAGAAAAGUUUGAGUGACGUCUUAUGUCUGUGGAGUUGAAGGUAGUUUGGUUGAAUUACAGCGGCGUCGCUAACAUGAUGGUUGGGGAUGAUGGUUCCCCUCUGGUCUGUAGUCCUGGUGUACUUGUUUUACCUCAUGGACCUUGCCUAAGGGUCCACCCUGGAUAUGGGUUCUUAUGCAUCUAUCCAAACAACAUGACCAGGAAAAAGAAAUGACUUGUUUGAUGGCGUGUUUGAUUGAAGUCGCAGUGAUUUAAUGAUGUUUGAGGACGUGUCACAGUCUGAACCGAAUCGCCGUCACUCUCCAUACGGUUAUUUCUGCACAAAGACGUCUCCUCUUAUGUAAACUUUGAAGCAGGAACACUUGUGAGUGUUUGGCUCUCAGGAGAGACACGGCUCUUACGAUCGCUCUCUAUUCAUAACAUGCAAAUAAGAAAUAUGAAGACGCUUUUAUCUGAAGUAUCUCAGUUCUUCAAAGACACACCGGGGUUCGUGGAUUUGGAUUUAAAGGUGGUCUUCAAGAACAAGAUACAAUACAGCGGAGUUCGCCCCACACAUACUAGUCUAUAUCUAGAACUAGGACCUAUCUCACCUUUGCUUGGAGUAAAUAUUGGGUUUUUGGCUCCAUGUUUGUUCAAGUGCACGGAUCAAAUUCAGGGAAAAAAUAUUUCAGCCUCACUACAAACAGAAUUGGAUCACAGCGAGAGUAACUUUUUCAUCAAUUUUACAAUAAAAGAGACUUUUUAAGUCGGUUAUAGAGAAGUGAAGUGAUUCCCAGCACCGCUGAAUCAAAGUCUUAAUCUAUCAGUGUCAGGGUCGGGCUCUGCCUGCAGUGUGAGGCUUCAGAGAGAGACGAGAAUCAGAGUUUGAAGCAUGACUACAAAGUCAGGAGACAUGAGAUGUGUUUGACUUAAUUAGCCCCAAACCACAAAUCUGUAUCACAGGAGGGAAAAACCCAAACCAGGACUGUUUAAUUACUGCUUUUAGAAAAACAGACCUUAAAACAAUAACCGGAUGGACCUCCAGGUGUUGGAGUAAAGUCCUCAGAGUUCUGUGUUUGGCCUCCUCUUGUGUACGAAGGAAUUAACAGAUCUUGUUUGACAUUUGGAAAGUGUAUCAUCACUAGAAGAUCACAUCACACCGCCCUGAAUGUCAAACACGUGAGAGCCGCCCAUCUGUGGUCCUGCCCUCUGAUUGUUACUGGAUGUAAAACUUGGAGCAUUAACAGACUCGGAGGUUUCAGGAUGGUAGAAGUUCCCAAACAUAAACCCAGCUGUUGUCCACGUCCAGAAUAUCCUGGUGAUUUAGAUCAGGAUACCUAACCGGGCGUAUGUUUUAUCUACUCUAAAGAUUUUAUGUACCCUCAGCACUCUCCCUGCGUCGACAUAGAUUUCUCAGGAAACUCGAUAUUUGGCCACAUUUCAACAUCCACAGACCGCUGACUGUCUGCUGCAUUGUUCCAGUCAACGGAGACGCCGGUGGCAAAUCUUCUUCAUGAGUCUCGCUGUUUUCCUCCUGAUUCUUCACAGUUGGAUCCUUUUACUGCAAAAAUGACCACCUGUUUAUCUGGAUCUCAAAAUGUAAAGUAGGGAAAAACAAAACACCUCCUCAUCUCUGCAUCACCGUGCUCCUAUCCUAACCCAUCCUGUAGCUGAGCUCCCACAUCUCUGCAGGUGCACACUUCAUUAGAUCACGCUCACCUCCGUGGAAAACAGCAUGAAGUGCAGAAGGAUUUAGAGUCGCUGCAGACCGGCUUAACUCGGCGUCUUCCUUUUCUUUGCAGUUUGCUGGAGCUGCACGCUCGUCUUCUUUAAUCCUGACAUACCGCCCUUUCUGCACGCUCUGAUGUUUGCACAGAUAGACAGUCGACUCUACAAAGUUCUCCAACUUUUACUUUUUAAAUUCAACACUAUCCGACACACACAAAAAAAUCCAUUUAUUAGCGACGCUCCUGUCCUAGACCUUCAUCAGGAAAAACCGUUUAGCAGCUUGAAUCUCCUCCUGAAGGUCUGAACCCAACAGGGACAACCCCAUCGAUGAAAAUCCUCUUUUUAGAGCGUCUGAUGCUGUAGGUGUGUUUGACGCUCGUCAGGGGGGCUGUGAUUGGACGUCCGCUCAAUGGUCUGCUCUGGUUUAGCGAUUACAUGGAGGAAAUGUCAAUAUAAAGGAGGAUGAGGAUGGUCCCGUCAAGGACAAAUCAGUUCAGUUUGCAGUCAGGAGAGCGAUGUUAGGGGGAUGUUUGUAUCUUUACGAGUCCUUUUCUCAAUGUUAUCAGAAACCAUCACAGCUUGUUUACUUACCUGUAUCUCACCUUGAUGGAGUGUAUUUGUCCCGGUGAACUACACUGCAUAUACUAGCUGUUAAAGCCGCUCUUAUUUACACCUGAAAACCUCCUGAAAACAGCGCCUUGAUUCCAAAAUACCAGAUUUCUAUUAAUACCAUGUCUUCCUUCGCCGGUGAGGCCCCCAUGACCCGAGUAAAAAGCAGUUAAGGGUGUAAUUUGUCGAUUUCAUCACAUGGGACUCCAGAGGUGCGCACCUCUCCGCGGGGAAGUGAACCUUCAGUUGUUUGAUCGUUAAGAAGUGCGGAGAGCAGCUGACUUAAAAGAGAUGUUUCCAAUUAAAGCGACCUUUCAGCAGUCGCUGCGUAAUAAUGAGGGACGGACGAAUUUGUGAAGCCAUCUGCCGCAGAUGGAUUGUUUGUGGAGACAAUCAGAAAUUAGUGCGAGGUUAGUUUGCUCUGCGGGAGGCUUCCCCAGAUGAGCAUCGAUUGUUGGAGCAACGACGCGAGCCUUUACUGGAGUUUAGCAGCGUCCUAAUAACGAUCAGUUCUAAUUGAGAUGUUGCUGCCAUCACCGCACAUGCUUCUCCUCUGCAUCGCUAUGGAGACAGACGGCUUUAAGAGGGGUUAUAGGAACACGGCGGUGGUGGCUGCUCAUCAGUGCAGCAGCCCGUCUGCCUCGAUGUCUUCUUUGCUAUUUCUUCUUUUUUUUCUCUCUCUCCCUCUUUAUCCUGUCUGCGGCCUCCUGGGCCCUCCCUUCUUUCCAUCUCCACCCCCCUCUCUGUGUUUAAUGUUCUCUCUGUGUUUCUUCUUCCUUUCCAGCUUCAAUCAAUCCCCUUCUGUUUCUUCAAUCUAUCAUCCUUCCCCCUGUGAAUACUCUGAAUACCCGGCAUUGCCUUUUUCUUUUUUUUUACUCACUGUUUUUCUUUUCUUCUUACCUUUUUUUCCCCUCUUGUUUUUUCCUCAGAUGGGAAUCUGUAUUCUGCGAUGUCGUCGGUGGCAGGUCACGCCGGCUCGAUCCGGCGUACGUUUGGCUCCCAGAAACUCCUGAAGACAGAGAACAUUUGGCUGCUGAGUGAGUAGGAGGAACACAGUUACAGAAAAUUUUACAGGUUCAGACUGAAGGAAACGGAGAUUGUUGGUUUCAAAUCCCCUAAUGCAGUUCCCAUGGGAAUACUGAGUGCAUGUAUUAUCAUUGUUGCAUGUUAUUUUCAGCAGCAAGUAAUUAGCCUUCUCCAACAGUCUUCAUAGAAUUACAUAUUUCUGCUGAAAUAUACAUUAUCCAGUACACCAGAAACAUGAUCUGCUUUGUACAACACACAGAGCACAUUAGCUCUUAUUUAAUAUGCAUUAUCUGGCGUGCACUAAACAUUAUCUUGUGUGCAAGAUAUCAAGAAUACAAUAAAAAUUAAGAGUGCAUUAUCAGUUAUCAGCCUUCAGUGUACAUUAUCUACCAUGCACACAUUCAGUAUCUCACAUGCAAUAUGCAUCAUCUGCAAAGAGACAGCAUGCAUAUACAGAUGUAGAAUGUGAUAUACAUUAUCUGGUUUGUAAAACACACCAUCGAACAUCUAAUAUACAUUAUCUGGAAUGUAAUAUACAUUGUCUAGUAGGCAAUAUACAUUAUCUACAUUACAACUCUAAUUACCUAGAAUGCACUACACAUUCUAACUAUCCAGUAAACAUUAUCUAACAUACACACAUCCAUUAUCUAGGUUGCACUUCAUAUGAUUCAACAUGCAUUACAACAUUAUCUAGCGUGCAGAAACAAAACUUAGCAUGUCAUACUCUCUAUCAAAUGUUCUUGUAUACAUUAUCUAGAAUUAAUACACCUUAUCUGUUUUGCAGUAUACAUUCUUAGUACAACUGUCGUAUGCAACUUGUGUAUUAUUAUUCUAUGCUAUAGUACAGAUACUGCAUUCUUAAUAAUGUAUAUUGAAAACUAGAUAAUGUGUGAUUCAGGAGAUAAUGUAAACUUGACAAUACGAUCAUGUAUAUUUAACAGUAGAUAAGGUCUGCUGGAUGCUUGUUUAUGUUGUUAUCUGGAAUGAAAUAUGCAUUAUUAAGUUAUCAAUACAGAUCAUCUAUAAUCUAACAUACAUUAUCUGAUUUGCAAUAUGCAUUAUUAAUUAUUAAAAUAUUAAAAUAGUGUACAAUACACAUUUCCUGAAUGCAAAAUUCAUUAUCUAAAAAGUUAUAGAUAUAUUUUAUCAGAUAUGAAAUUUAUCUAGUUGGUAAUAAACAUUUUCUGACAUGUAAUUAACAUUAUCAGACAUGUUAUAUACAUUACCCGUCUUGCAGUCUACAUUCCCUUCAUUGUAAUAUCCUUAAAAUAAUGGGCAAAACACAUUCUAACAAUUGUUUGAUUUACAUUAUUUAGCAUAUUUGUGUUAUGCAUUAACAUCACUAGCUUGCCACAAACAUUUCUUACAAUGUAAUAUAUACUAUUCACCAUGCACAGUUCAUUAUAUGCUGUGCAAACAUGCAUUAUUUUCCCGUAGAGCGUCUUGUGUGCAGAGUUAGCUCAGCCUAGUCGUCCCUCACUCUCUCUUCACAGUUUCCUUCUCUUCCCACUCUCCUCUCCUCCAAAUAAAGCCGUUGAAAGUUUAAAAAGUAAUCUUUUAAAAGCACCUUUUCUCCAUUACGGUGGGAGCCUGUAAGUCGCACACUCAGGCUGAAGCGUUUCUCAAUUUCAUUGUGCAUUAUGUAAUGAUUACGGAGGCACUCUCUGUUCCAAAUACAGCUUCACUGGAAGCUGAUAUCGCCUGAGUCACAAGAAGUCUUGAAGGUAAAUUGAAAACAAAGUGACUAUAUCUCAAGAGACACUUGCUAUUCUCAUCACCAGAUCCGCAGUUUGCCGGCGCAGCAAUAAUCCCGUCUUCACAAAAGUUUAAAGAGGAGAUCUACUUUUUCUUCAGCGAGAUCAACAAGACCGCCAGAGUGGAUGAGGAGCCUUACAGGGCGCGCAUCGGCCGGAUCUGCACGGUAACGUCAAACCUCUCUGCUUUCAUUUAAGUAAAUCUGCUUUUUCUGUUUACAACCUCAAAAUGAUUGAUUUCACAACACUAAAUGUACAAGUUACUGAUGUACUGAUGUUGCAGCGUUGACUCCACACUGACAGAAGGGAGCUGUGUUAAAUGAUCGGUGACCAAAACCCUCUCCUCUCCUCUCCUCUCCUCCCUCGGCGUGACGCUGCUCUGCUGCUGCUGCUGCGUUGCAUUUGUUUACACUAACAGCUCGACUUUCCUCUCCACACCAUUGAUUUUGGCGAACACAACUAUAUUGAAUUUAAUCCACUCAAUGUUACAUCAAGAAACUUCCAACUAAAGCACUAUCAGUCAGUUAUCACGUGCGGAGCACUGCAUGGUGAUCCUGCAGAUGCUGCAUCAGAUCUGAAGCAGCGCCUCAGUCUUCUCUGCAGCUCUGUCCAUGAUGGAGCUCAUGGGUGGUCUAACCUGGACCUGCAGCUCUGUCCAUGAUGGAGCUCAUGUGUGGUCUAACCUGGACCUGACAUCCACACAGAGAGUUAAACUCCGGGACUGAUCUGUGCAGUACUGCUCUUUGGAGAAACGUGUACGCACAUUUCUUAACACUUUCUAAUUAGAGACAUUAAAGCUGGAACAGCUGCUGCUCAGUCUGAAUCCUGACUUAUCUGAAGAGUUAAUCUCAGACUUUAAUCCCAAAAAAGACCCAAAUUAAAAGAUUAAUCAUUGACGAUGAAAGGUAAGGUCUAGUGUGAUGAUUACUUAUCUUAAGUUUCUUCAUUUUUUAUCCAAAGAAAAGUCUUUUUUUCUCUCUUACAUAUUUAACCGGGACGAGGGGAGAGCGGGUUCAAACUAACACAUUUUAGGUUUGGAUGAAUAAUCUUGAAAAUACUAAAAUUAGAUUAAACAUAUUUUUAAACAACAAACAAACACAAAUAUCUUGUUUUUAUGCUUUACCAUUUCUGCAGAGUUACGCUGAAAGUCGUGAACAUGAAACGUUAAAAUGACUCUAAACACGGUUGACUGGGAAAUCAGCAGGGCUGCUUUUAAAUAUGUCUUGAACACAACUUAUUCAAUACAAUUAUUGAUAUACGCUUUUGUAAAAUGAUAGUAUUUGUGGACUUUUGAGAAGAUGCAUAUUUAAAUAUCUCUGCACCUAUCCUUUAAAGAGGUUGUGUGUUUGCGCUGCACACCGGAGGAGAGUUUUCAGACCUCAGAAGUCUCUCUCUUUACUUAUUCAUGUUUGCGUCAAAUUAGAGUCGCCUCGAUAUCAGAAUUUUCAUCUUAUGAUUAUUGUGGCCAUAAAAUAUCAAAAUUAUAUCAAGAUAAUUAUAGAAAUCUUUACAAUAAAACAACUACAUCAGUCAAUUUAAGGAAAGGCAACCAGUGAGUGUGAAUACUGGAUAAUCUUUGCUAACAGGUGCAUUUAUGAGCUGUUUCUGAUGAUGCUCAAAUCUAAGAUUUAUCCACAUACUUCGCCCCGUGAGCGACACUUUUGAAAGAGGAUGUUGCCUUAAUGGAUGAUUAGCCGUCAUGCUUUCAUUUUGAAAAGUACAUCUUCUAGUAGGUUGUAAAUUGCAGAACUGAAUGAAAAUAGCUGUAAAAAAAUACAGUCAGAGAGUUUAUAUCUAAUUGAUGAGUAACCUGAAGAUACACAGGCUCUAAUCCUGUUUUAAAAGUGUAAAAUCACGUCUAAAUGAGCUGCUAAAACGAGCUUAAAAUGAAAAUACUUUUCAGAGCUUCAACUAAAUGAUUGCAGUUUGUUGGAUCUGUGAAUUGAAAAAACUUGGAACUACUCCUUUAAUUGUUAAAUCCACAGUUAAUCUCUGACGUCUUAUUGGCCUCCUUUAAACUCUGAACCUGGUCGUGUGCAGCUGCAGCAUCAGCUGUGUUUGUAGUUGAUUUGUCUCCAGCUGAUGUUGUUUGGUAACCAUGACGUCCCUCAUGCUGGUUAAUCCAUAAUGUGAACUCGUUUAAACUCACAUACUUAUAUACUUAUAUAUAUAAACACAUAUAUAUGUAUUCAUAAGGUAACUUCAGGGAGCGUUUCACAGACUUAGAUUAAACACACCACGGAGCGCUCUCUCUGGGCUCUGCACUCGUUGCUCAUUAAAUCACUUGAUUAAUGUGUGUGCUAGCUCCUUGUUGAACCACUGUGGCUUAUUUCCUGUUUCAGCGAGCACACGGCGGCGUGUAAAUUGAAUCGCUGCGGGGCUCCUUUAAGAGAGCCGCUCACAUUGACCUGUUACUGUUACUGCGCUGAGACCGGUCCAGUCCGGGUCCCCAGAGACAGAAGGAGCAAAGCCUGUCCUCUAAAAUGUCAGAGUCCUCAUUGGAGGGGGAGCGUGUUCUGUGUCGGGGUUAAGGGUCGGCGUCACGUCUUGGCAGUGAACACAGCGAGCUCAGAGUAAGUCGGGUCGCCUCGUUGACCUCGUGUGGUUUUCUGUGCUGCUUCCAGGUGGAUGAGGGCGGCAUCAAAGCCCUGCUGGAGAACUCGUGGACCACGUUCAUGAAGGCUCGGGUGAUGUGCGGCGCAGGAAACACUCAGCAGCAGUACAACAACAUGAAGCAGGCGGUGGUGCUGACAGCUCAGGACAAGAGGGCGGGGGUCAUGUACGGCCUCUUCUCCAACGCUUGGUGAGCUCAGACGUGAAACAUCCCGACAGUUUAAACGACACUUUACCGUUUUCUGACAAACUGGCUUGUUGUUUUUGUUUUAACUUGAAUUAUUAUUCCCUGAACUCACCUGCAAACGUCUCCAUGAAGGGAGUUUUGUGUGACCUUUAGCUGACAGCAGCGUGAAGAGAAAUCGAUGUGCGCAGCGUCUGAAUCUCAGUAAAGCGCUGUGUUCAGCUGCUGCGUGUUGUCAGGAGGAGGUUUCUAAACAUUCACUAAUUUACUGUUUGUGUUUCUAUCGACUCAAAGUUACACACUACAGCGAGUGUCUGACCCCGGGAUUGUGAGUCACUUUGAACCCAUUCGAGGCAAUUUCAGACGCAGAGAUUAACAGCUCCAAGAGUCUGAGAGGUGAGGGAGGAAGUAGCUUAAAGCCGGGUCUACACUCUGUGAGUCGACUCUGUGGAGGAUCAUGGAGGACGAUCACUGACCAAACAGCUGAUCUUGACGGACAGGAUUAGGGAUGGGAAUCGUUAAGAAUUUAGCGAUCUCAAUUCCAUUUUCGAUACGGCUAAUCGAUACAAUUCCUUAUUGAUUCUUAUUGAGUGAGAAAUAAAAUAAUACAAAUGGGUUUGUUUGCAAUAACUCCUUAAUAUUGUCACCUUUGGACAGAAGAUAUGACAUAUCCAUGCACUAAUAGUUUGCUAUGUGACCUUCCCUUGGACCACAAAUCUGCUCACAGCUCGGUGGCAUUCGUUUAUCUUCGCCUCUGUCAUUUUACUCUUCCCUUCCUUAAUGAAAGGGGCCACUAAAGGUGCGUGAGAGCUACCCGCCGCAGCCUCUGAGCAAGCAUGACUUUGACGGUCAUCGUCAACUAAAUAUAAUUUAAGGGGAUGAAGAGUAUUUAUAUAGUGAAAGAGGGUUAACAUGGCGCUAACAUCUACACAACAGGCAGGACCUGGAGGAGUUAAACGUUAGCUUGAUGACACUGAGAUGUUAGCUCCGCUCCUGUUUUUGCCUGCACCAGUCUCGCCUUCGCUACGUAGCGUAUCAAACACGUUACCGCAAAUUAAUUGCAUUUUGGGUUGACAAAUGUUUCUGCAUAUCAGAAGUAUUUCCAAGUGUUGCAAGAAGCCCCGGUACCAUCUUUGCUGGAAAGUUCUGAACCAAAACACACUCCUCACGUACUACGCCAUCACGCAUAGAGACGCAAGAGGAACCGAUAAGAAGAAUCGUCAAGGAGGCAAACAAACAAUUCUUAGGAACCGGUUCUUAAAAAGAACUUCUAGAAAGAAAGAUUCUAGACAGGAUGAAUUUCUUGUAUGUUAUGUGUAUGUGGUUCCUCAUCUUCAGGGCUUUAUGUCCUGAUUUAGCCUUUGAACAAUAACUCGUCAUCUUCUGACUGCAAACUGCAGGGGCGAUACCACGGAGUCAAAAGUGUCUCAAUACUGUCCAAGUCUCAUCCAAAGUCAGCUGAGAAAUGUGUCCUACUUUUCUGGAGCUGCAGCGGUGCGUCCUUAGCUGGUUAUCCACUUGUUUCUGAGCAACAAGAGAGGUGCUCCAACGCCAUAAUCACGAUAGAGACACAAGCACGCCGUCCUCUCCAGAUCUGGAGAGAAUGGCGUCCUUUGUCCUCGACUCCCUGCGUCAGAAAAAGUGGCAGACGAUGAGUCACAAGGAUCGUAGAGGCGAUUUUGAAAACUCCUGCAGCUGAAGCAUCAUCUGCAGUUUCCCCGUGUCAGAAAAAGGGGAAAAGAGAAAAAGUGACAGACGUAUAAAAAACAAUAAAGACUCGGUGAGGCUGCAGUGACCGGCUCGUCAGGGUCAGCGCUCGAAACUUUGAGGGAUAGAAGUGACUCGAUAAAAAACAUCGAAUAUCUUUGAAAUCGAAGGAUUCUGACGGGAAAACGACCUUUUGGUGUUUGUUCUCUUCUUGUUGUCAAACAUUUUGACACGAUUUAAAACUUUUACACCACAGUCUCGUCAGUCAAAAUAGACUUCUGCCUCCUUUUUUUAAAAUUACAUAAUAAAUAGUGAAAAAAGGCGAAGAACAGCUUUAAUAAAGACCCCCAGGACAUCUCAUAGGUCUUCUGUCAUCUUCUGAAACAGCAGAGUCCUUCCACAGUUUAAUUUUUCUGCAGGUUUUGCAUCAAUAUUUUAUAUUUUAUUUAAUUUUAAUGCAAGAAACCAAUAAUUAAAAUUGAAGCGUGCAGGUUUGCAGAGAGAAGUUGAGGAUUUAUUUAAGCGGCUCUGAUAUAGAGUUAAAAAACUGAACUGUAGCUUUGAGCUGAAUUAAAAACUGGAGCACAGACAUGAUCCGAGUUUCCAAAGUGACUUCAUCAGACUCGAUGUUUACUGACAUCAGAAAUUCUGACAGUCUGUUCAGCCCGACGGAAACAGAUCAUGUCAAUAUUUCACUGGAGACAAAGUGAUAACAAAGUAAACUAAACCGAAGGAGAAGAACACAGUAACCGACACUGAUCCACCCACACGGCAGUAAACAUGCAGCACACCACCUCCUGACACACACACAUAAUACACACACCCACACACACACACGAGUUACAUAUCAGAUUUGGAAUAAAUCAAGUUUCUCGUCCGUGUCUUUAUUCUUUCGCAGUUUUCUGAGGGGAGAAGGAGCGAGGCAGACGAUCGGAGGCAAAGUUUGCAGCAUCUGCUGCAGAAAUAUCAGCUGGUUAAUCCGCUGAUUCCAGAACAGAACAGAUUGGGGUGUCAUCUUCUGCAAGACGUAGCCCAAGAUUUUCCUAAUUGCUAAAGAAAUUCUGACUCGCUCCGAUUAUUAACAACAGAACACAGGUCAGACUUCUUUAAACUGCAGAACAGACAGGACAUUAGGUCGACUAACAGCAUUUAUUUCCAGUUUUAGUUUUAUUAUCGAGUACAGAGUAGUUUUGGAGUCCACACGCUCUGAUUCAGGUCUUAUAUCAGGGUUUAUGAACAGUCUUCCUGUACAGGUGGGUCUCUGAAAAACCAGAAUAUCAUGUUAAAGUUUAAUAACGUCCGACAGUUUUUAAGAGACUGUACGAGAUAAACUCCAGACUCAUUAUUCUGCAUCUCAAAAUAUUAGAAUAUCUCAUUUUAAGUUUCAGCUCCUCGCCGUUCGAACAUUUAAAUACUGAGUAUCACAGUCGUGGUGCAGACUGCUGAGGAGGUUCUUCACAGAGAAGCAGACUCAUGAAAGUGGACUGAGGAGUAAAGGGGUUGGAGUAAAAAAGGGGGACAAUCAACGGGGAUGAGCGCAGCCUUGGGGGGCCGUCAAGAAAACCUGAUUCAAGAACUCAGGGGAGCUUCAUGUGGAGUGGACUGAGGAGAGCCACUCCAGGAACGAGACCGAAACCACCGCAGUCCUGAUAUCAAGACACUCAAGAACCAGAGACAAUGACAGAAGGGUCUCACCCGGAUAAAGAGACAAAGAACUGGACUAAUGCUCGAGGUCCAAAGUCCUGACACAGAGAUCUAUCAUCCUCUAGGAGCAGAGUUUAGAUCAGUCUAAAUAAAAAUCUAUAAAUAGAGUUACAACAACUCCGACAAUUCAACGUUUCAUGUCAAAAUCAAGCUCCUAAAGUCUGGAGGAAGAUCAGAGAGGCCCAGAAUCCAAAGAGUCCUCAGUCUAUGAUGGUUUGAGGGGCCGUGUGAUCUGCUGCUGUUGGUCUACUGAGUCUUUUCAAGUCCAGAGUCAAGACAGCCUAAAGUCUACCAGGAGGUUUUAGAGAUCUUCAUGCUUCCACCCGCCCACAACGCCAAAACCACCACCAGACGGUUUGCUAACUGAGGUGUUACUGUGUUUGAUAGACCAGCCGACUCACCUGAGAACCUGAAUUAUUAAGCAGUGACUGGACCUGUGCAGGUAACUCUUCAAAACAAAUCACCCAAACUAGGAUAACGUUUAUUUUUUAUUCAUGGCGAGGAGCGGCGAAUAGAACAUCGUGUAGUGAGUAAUUUCCAGCGAUGCUCCCGCUGUCCUUCGUACCGUUUUGUCCUGUUUUUUCCACGCUGUAAUUACUCCGUCCUUCUCCUUUUAUUCAGGGGCAGAACGGUGAUCUGUGCGUACUCCAUCGAAGAUAUUGACCAAGCUUUCUCCACGUCUAAACUGAAGGGCUACAGCAGUCCAUUCAUCGGCAGCCGCCCUGGGAUGGUAAGAUAAACCGCCGAGGUUUUCCUUCCUUUAAUUUGUUUCAGAAAAAAAAAAACACACAGCUCUUAAACGGGAAGAGAAAAGCAUGAACAGGCCUUCACUUCAGACCAGAAUGCGUCUUUUGAGAGGCACGAGUUUAUGAAAGAAAAGCAAUUUUGAGCUCUAUUGUCCAAGGGCGUUUUGUUUAUUCAAGAGCGCGGGCCGCUCUGAAUCCAUUACAUCACUUCUCCUUCUCAGUGUGUUCGCAAAAACGCCACAGCGGCUGGAGGUCACAACGACAUCAAGAACCUCGGGGUGAUCAGAUACCACCCGGAAAUAGAGGACGUGAUCCGGCCUGUCGGCGUGGCUCCACUCGACCUGCCCACAGAUGACCAGAUCACACACGCCGUGGCGGAUAUUGUCCUGGCGGUCAACGACGAGCACUACAGCGUCCUGUACCUGGGAACAGGUGAGUUUGCACACUGAUAGGGACUCUCUGUUUUAGUCCAGUCUGAGGCCACGCCUCCUUGUUGAUAUGACGCCGUUUGACUCCAAACCAACAGCUGUCAGUGGGUUUGCAGAAGCCUCGGUGCGUAGCCUGAGGCCCGCCCCCUCUAAAGUGUCUCUAUAUGUUGAAACAACACGGACCACAAGUCCUGUGAUUGGUCGGCUCGGCGGCUGACAUCGCUGGUAUCACCUCCGCCCCCUCAUCUUCUGCUUCAGCAGCUGCAAAGUCCAUUUCCUCUGAGUCGUCUUUGCACUGAUGGUGAAUGAUCAACAACAGAAAUCAACUCAAACUUCAUGCUCUCAGAUUAAGUCGUCGUGGUCUCCUGUUGAGACUGUUGAGGGGAACUUUACAGGUUUGUAAACCGGAGCACAGACAUCCCACUACCAGCUCAUGACUUGGCGUUGGAUUGCAGAAAUUGAAGUCAUAGAUCAGUAUAAACGUUAAAUUUUUAUAGCCUAUAAAAUAUAAUUUGUACAAUUUCAGACUUUCUCUCCGCUCCUCUGCUCUCCACUCGCUCCACUCUCUAUCUGACAACAUACAUGCGUUCUGACAUGCCACGCCGCAUAGUUCAGAGACGCAGCAUUUCAGCACCGCUGAUUCUGGUAUUCUGGUCGCGAGCGCUUGCCGCUUAAACCUGCCACGUUUAUGCAGGAUGGUUUUUACAACCCGGGGUUCUGGCUCCUUUCCAUCGUGUUUACCGCCAACAAAACAAAAAUCUGGUCAUGAAGCACCGAACUGUCCCCGAACAUUCAGCAACUCAAUUAAAAUAUCUGCAUUCUUGAUGCUAGCUUCAGCAUCUCUCCCAGCCCCCAAAACAGCGCUGGCUCCUCUCCUGCAACCCUGUAUGAUGUAGACAUUCGUCAUACCAGGUGACAUUUGUCUACGUCAAAGGUCCUCCCCCCCCGUCCGCCAAAGCGAAAAAGCUAGUAGAAACACCGAGUGUGUAUUGUUUGCAGUUGUGUAAUCUGGCAUAGAGUCGUGUCCGUGAUACCUCUCUUGACAUCAUGGCAGAAACUGUUUCUGAACAAGAUCUGAAUGUCGAACUCCAAAGCUGAGCUCCUUGAAUCUUCCACGUCUCGUUUGCUUCUCCUCAUUUUUGCCUCACAGCUGUUAAAUUCUGGACAGACAGCAUCAGAUCUGUCUUUACUUCAACAGCAGACCUGUUGAUAUCUGAACCAGACAUAAAAAUGUGCUUUACAACCCAAAAACGUGAGCUGAAGAGCGGCUGAAAAGCUCUGUCGAGCUGCAGAAACGAUGAGAAUUCUCUGUGGGUUUGUCCCUAUGACAACCACUUUGACAAAAACACACAGAGAGAGAGAGCUGGUUAAUAAAAAAUACAGGCUGAUGCUGUUUUAAAUGAAAGGCUCUAUUCACAACCCAUGAUUGCCUCUGUGCUCUUCUUUGCAGCCAUAAAGCCUCAAUCCCAGAUCUGAGAGAUUAAACAGGCAGUUAAAAAGUCAUCGGAGCUGAGUGAGGUCCAAAAUUUGAGAAUUCAAUUAAAAAAGAGCACACGAGGGGACGACUCUUCUGAAGAUUAUCUCCCACAUCCGUGCCUCUACCUGCUCUCUAAUGCAUGUUGGUGAAGGGAACAGUAAAUGUGAGAAAAGAGAGGAGAGAAAAUCCUGUUUUCUGCAGCUACUUAUGAUGCCGGUUAUUAGUGUUUGCUCUGUAUAUCAAGGGGAGUGACUCAUGCAACCCAAGGGUGGGUCAGCUUAGCAGUGCAACACCGCCAACUUGCAGAAUAAUACAAUACGAUGAAAAUGCUCUUUCUCUCAUUCUCAUUAGAGCCUUAAAUUAAGGUCAAACUCAUAUUUCCAACCCUGGAUGGGAGGAAAUCUGCAGAAUCGGCGUCACGACUGAUUUCGAUGAUUCCUGCUCCUUUUGCACGACUGUCUCUAUUUGAUCAAAGCGGCAACGCUGAGGUGCUGCCGGUGCCCAUAGCAGUUACUCCAAAAAUUGCCUUGUGCCUCGGGGAGAUUACUAUGGCAACCAUCAGCAGUCAUAUGAUGGAGCGUGUAUCAGCAUCUCAGCAUCGCUGAAGUUCACAGAAAGACGAGUCGGUGUCGUCUUCCCCGGGUACAGUUUCUCUGACUCCUGCAGAGCGUCAUUCAUCAGACGUUUCUGGGUCUGCUCCUUUAAUAGCUCGGAGGAAAACAAUCGAGCGUUCAAAAAGAAACAGUGUGAUGGCCGCUCGCUAACUGUGUCAUUAAGGAUGGAGGGCUGUGUGGUGGCCUAAAAAGAAACUGGAGCACUUUGAGUCAGAGCAGCGUCUGAGGAACAGGUUGUACCGGCGAUCUGCCGCUCCUCAAUCAUUCAGCCUCUCCGGUUAAUUUUUCAUUUUCAAGCACCUGGAAGAACACGAUGAUAUUCAUCUCCUCCUGAUUUAUGAAAAGAAACAUUUGAGACGCAGCGAACACCUCUGAACUUUUCUGAAUCCUGCUCUGAUUGCACCUCUUUAGUAUCGCCUCCACCUCCAAAUAUUCACAGGCUCAUCAAUCUGCAUAAUUAAUCCAAACAUGCUCUCCUCUGUCUGCUCAGCUGAUUGAGAGUGACUCACACCUUGAAAUAAUCCAAUCUGGUGAGUGAGUGAGGGAGUGAGUGACGCGGCAGACGGGCGUUUCCUCCUGAUGGAUCGCUGCAUUAGGGAAGUUUAAACCAAUCAGAGGAGCAUGAGAGGUGAGACAGGAUCUACCUCCGGACCGGUGGCAGAGAAAUGGAAACCGAUGCAUUCUGGGUAGCCGGGGGAUAUUACUCUUCCCCGGUGACAGAAAUUCCAAUAAAUAUCCUUCUCGGAGAUGCUGCUCGGAGACAAAAACCGCGCCGUUAAUCUUCGAGCAAGACAAACAGAAAGCCGAUAUUAGUGUGAAAGCCCGGAGAGCAAAUAUUACUGCGAGUGUCGGGACGAUAAAUAUCUGUGAGGGGGAUGAUCUCACCUUUGGUGGAAAACUCUGAACCCUCAUCUUAUGUAUUUAUUGCCUUUUAAUUCGGAAAAUGAAGGAGGGCAAACGAGGAGAGGACAAACUCCUCAGAAGGACACACGAGUAGACUUCCUCUUUGAACGUAUGGGUGGGCGGCACCUCGGCGCCCCCUACUGACUCGGCAGCUUGCAAAUCAUUUCCUUCUGAAAUAAGACGGUCUAUUUUGAGUCCAGCUGAGAGUCCUGACAGGCGUUUUUGGGUAAAAGAAGGGAAGAUGGUGUAUUUUUAGACGGUCGGUGUAAUUACUAAGAUUGGUUUCUAAAAAUAGUUUCCUGCAGGAAACCUGUGGAGCUCCUGACCUCCAGAAGAGCUUCUGUCUGAGCAGAUCUCCUGUUUUUAUCUCCUCGCUCUCGUCUGAUCUUUGGCCGCUCGACACUCCAGCUCCUCCAGUUGAAUGACUAGACAGUGGGUGUCGUGCAGAAGGGCACCUUGAUGGCGGCUGUUACGAAAGCACAUUACUCAUCUAAUUUCCUCCCCUCCCACAGAGGCGCACGUCUUGUUUAUUCUAGUCACUGCUGUCUGGAGAGGAGACUAAAGGAGUCCACUUUAUAACGGUGACCCAGACCAAAGUGACGGGGCGGUACCUCGCCAUUUGCAGAGUCCUAAUUAGCUAAACAUCUUGUGGUGAACUCUGGGUUUAGGACCGUCUAACUGGUCUCUGAGGGACCUUCCUGACAGCAGGCUGCAGGAUUUGACAGAGCGAGUUUCUGCGUCUUUUGAUCACCAGCCAGAAAAUAAUUCAGGAGAAUAUGGAUUUCUUUUAUCUUUAAAACAUGUCAGACGGUUCAGUCAAACAGAAGUAUGUCGUCGCUCUUUGAUUCUUAAAUCUGUGUGACCUGAUUUCGACCACUGCGACGACUCUGAUCAGGACAUGCUGGGGUUUGAUGUCCCAGUUAGUAUUUUAAGUCUUCUCUGGUGGGGCUUGUUUGUUUAAUUGGAGGAUCCUUCUGGUCACAGAGUUUAGGAGAUCUUACUGUCGCAGGUAGAAGUUGUGGCGUUUCUUUUUAGAUGAUGAUAACUUAGAAAGAUUCGUCCUGAACUUGACGUUAAAAUUUUACUGCAGGUUUUCUUUUGGUUGUGACGUAAGGGGAUAGCUAAUUUAUCGUCUUUGAGUCUAAGGCGAGUACGAGAUAGUUUUACAUCUCCACGCUCAGAUCGACCAGCUUUAAAGCUUCUAUGGGGAGUUUUUUUAACAUUAAUGAAAUAGGAUGAGAUUCAUAUUGAUGCUUUUUCAUGAUUUCCAAAAGCAAAAAAGAUCAUAAGGGACAAAGAGGAAAAUUUGGAUGUUGUCAUUUUUAAUGCCCCAAACUGAGGUGAGAGGGUAGGCGUCAACCAAGCGGCUAAAUUAGGGAUUUGACUUUCAAUAUUAGACAGGAUGAGAUAUUUUGUUAAAAGACUCAGAGGAUAGAAUCAGCAAACACUGCUUUGUCCACAGGGGAUGAGAUCAGAUUAGCAUGAGAUUAGUUUGAGAUUAUUUUAAAAUGAGAUGAUAUUAUCUUGAGAUGAGAUUAUUUUGAGAUUAGUGUGAGAUAAAUUUGAAAUGAGAGGAGAAGCGUGAGUAAAUGUUUGUUUGAAAUAAAAUUAGAUUAUUUUAAAAUGACAUUAGUUUGAGAUGAAAUAAGUUUUAAAUUGUCUUGAAAUGAGAUGAGAUUAUUUUGAGAUUAGCAUAAAAUCAGUUUGAGCUGAGAUAAAUUUGAGAUGAGAUAAACUUAAAGUAAAAUUAGAUAAUUUUGAGAUUAGAUUAGUUUGAGAUUAGUGUGAGAUAAAUAUAAGAUUAUCAUGAGAUUAUUAUGAGAUUAUCUUGAGAUGAGAUUAUUUGAAGAUAAAAUAUGAUUAGUUUGAAACGAUAUUAGAUUAUAUUGAAAUAGAUUAGAUUUAGAUGAGAUUAUCUUGAGAUAUGAUGACCUUGAGAUGAGCUUGACAUGAGAUAAGUUUAGUUUGACAUGAGAUUAGUUUAGUUUGAAAUCAGAUUAGUUUAGUUUGAAAUUAGAUAAGAUUAUCUUCAGAUGAGAUUAGAUUAGUUUGAGAUAAAAUGAGCUGCGGUGCAUCCCACAGUGGGGACAUUUGCUUUGUUACAGCAGAAAAGCAAACAGAAGAAUAAGUAAACUCAGCGUUUACACAGAUUAUUAUUAUAAAAAAAGUGAAUUUAAACCUAAUCAGAAAUGUUUUAUACAAAAAGAGAAAAAAAGAAGCAACAACAACAAAACAAAAACGGUUCCACACAAGAGCGAGCAUGGAGGUCGAAGAGACAAAAUCUACAGCUGUACUCUGAUGUUCAGCCGCCCAAAGACAUCAGAUACUCGUCUGUGUGAUAAAGACGGGAGGAUAAACAGCCCAGAAAAAGGUUACAGACUCCUAUUAGCCAGAGUAAAACUGGAGCAAUUAGUCUCUGAGGCCGGCAUCUGUGAGAAAUGAAAGAAGGGAAUCAGUGAGGAGUGAAAGAUUUCUCUCUCCCACAGUGACUCACUGACAGAUUGACCACCAGAAGAAGAAAAGCUGCUGGGUCUGGUUCAGUCAUGGAGGCGAUACAACAGAAAGCUCCCCCUCAGGGCCAGCAGAAAUGCCAGAGCUGUACACUUGUUCGGAGCCGACUUUAUGUCCCAGAUCAGAGGCUCUUUCUUCUCACAGUGUGACAUCCGAGGUGGCAGCAGCUCAGAGGUUAGGGAGGGAGACCGACGCCGCUCCUGACUGCUAAAAAAUACGACUUCUGGAGGUAAAUGACUCUAACUCAGAGUUUACACCUGAGAGAGGAGUGGAGCAGAGCUGCUUAGUACAAGACCACGAGGUUUAGCUCAGCUGGAGAGUAUUUACCCGUGGUGGUCUUUAGUCCAACGAUGGUCCGAGCUUUUAUAGGGACUAAGUGUGUUUAUUAAACGGUACAAUGGGAGCUGUGCAGCGUGGAGGAAAUGUAUCUGCUCAGCAAACUCUCCCCGGAUAAAUAAGCUAAAAAGAGAUUCUCUCAGCACAUGCAGUUCAGCGUUGUCACCCUUUUUCCUCCCAGAACGUCUUGCUGCUAUUUUUGUGCUGACACAUCGUUUUUGAUCAGAGAGCCGGAAAUAGCCGUGGACGGGAUUAAAGAAUCACACAAGAAUAAACUGGUAGAAACGAGUAAAAGUUAUUUUUGACAACAGAAAGAAGAAAAAAAAGACAAAGUUUAAAGAGACACGCAGGUGACAGCGAGAACCUGAGAGCGUGAUUACAAACGCUGGGAGGAUUCAGGAAAUGAAGAUGUUGGAUAAAAAGGUUUCACUGUAAUCACAUUUUCACAGCGGGAGGGGGCGCGGAUAAUCCAGGAGCGUGACGAAAGACCAAACAAGUCAGGACAUGUUUCUGCAGAGUCAUUAUCUGGAAGGUAAGGAGCCGUCUGAAAACUGGGAUUAAGGUUCGCAAACAAAAACUGAGAUUAACAUUUUCAUCGGACUGAAGAGACAGCGAGAAUAACGCUGUACUCGGCUGUCUGCUCCAGUCAAAUCCAAACACAGAAAACACAGAAGAUACUCAGAGGAAGAUGAACGACUCCCUUUUUAGCACACAGCGAGACAGAACUAUUGACCAAGGGUGAAAAACUGAGCGAAAAUGUAAAUAAGACCUGCAGAAAAACUGGAAAUCAUGACACUGACUUCAUUUUGAGCGACUGAUAACUGCUGCAGAUAUUCACACUGACACUGAACAAUGACAGGAGAUAACACAGAGUUUUAAAAAAGUUAUUUUACUCUUACAAACUAAAAAAAAAGAUGUUAAAAAUCUGAAACCAUGACAUGCAAAUCUGGUGUUUUUUGUACAAAUUAAAAAGCAGGUUUUUUUUCUUUUCUUGCGCAGUAGUUUGUCUACUUUUGGAAAUAUCAGUGAUUUAAAACUCAGGAUUGAAGCAGAAGAGGCUCUUCAGUUCAUAUUAGGACCAUAAAGUUCAUCUAAAAUUUGCUCUAAUGAACUUUAAACUUGAAUCUGUGUAAACUUAAUUCUGAACUUGGGUUGUGAAGCAUAAUGACACGGUUGGAGAUGCUGUUUUUUACUCUGUUUAGUGUUCGGAGAGGAGGAGGAUAAAGAGAUGAGAGUAAAGAUGAAGUGCUCCAGGGGAAAAAUGUCAAGGUGAGGGAGUGAAAAUGUAAAUGAGAGGAAACUCGGCGAGUCUUCGGACCGUGAAGAUGAAUGUCACAGUUGAUGUUUAAAGAAGAGACGCCGUGUGCUCUAACCUGAACAUGAAGGUCUGUUUUAAACCCAGGCAGCUCUUUAUUUCUGCAGCACUGUGGGAAAAACACACCUGGACUUCUAUCAGCUGCAGCUUGUUUGUUCUAUUUUGUUUACCUGACAUUUCCUGGUGUUUUGCACGUGCAACACUGAAGACAUCUCGCCUCUCUCAGCUCCGGAAAACGUCAUUUCUGAGAAUUAAAUCCAUCUGGUUUUGUCGACACUGUUGUUUGUGUGCCGGUUGAAUACUGCAGAAUAAACACUUAAUUGCUAUUCAUGCUCAAAGGGCAUUUUAUUGAUAUUAAUGUCAAACGGUCUGAUCCGGUUUGACCUCCACAGAAUACAUGAAUAAAAUGAAAACGAGCGCUCUAAUGAUCCGCUCUGACUCUCAAUACUGCACCAUGAAACCAGAGCAGCGUAUGGAAUUAUAUCCACCCCCUAUGGAGAACAGGGAUGGGGAUCGACAACCGGCUCCCAGAUAAAAACCGGUUCCAACCAGUUGCAGCCAUCACCAUUAUCUGCCUCUGCCCUUCCGGGCUCUUUAGAUUGACUUCCCUCUAAAGUCCCUCGUGGCCGAAAAAAGCCACUUUUUUUGUCUGCUGUAAAAUCAUAUUGGAUUAAUAUUUUUUUCUGAUUUUUUUUCACACAUCUUUUAUUUUACUUCUGCCCUGUUCGAAACUAGCAAAUGUUUCAUUGAAAACAAUUUUUUUUAACCCUUUAAGUGCCAAUUUAAGACAAAAAGUCACUAAUAGGGCAAAAAAUUAAAGGAAAAUGACCCAUUUUUUUAUAAAACAUGAUCAGAAACUGGUAAUCUCUUGCAGGGUAUCAGAGUCUUGAAUAGGUCAGAGAUUAGUAAUAUAAUUGACUUAGAUGCCUUUUAGGUUUUUCUGUAGCAUCAGAUUUAAUGAAAAACUGCGUUUGGCGCCCCUCAGUGGCCAAAACUACUUUGACUGCUGUAAAAUGAUAUUGGAUUAAUAUUUUUUUCUGAUUUUUUUUUCAUACAUUUCUUAUUUUACUUCUGCCCUGUUCAAAACUAGCAAAUGUUUCAUUGAAAAUAAAAAUUUUAACACUUUAAGGGCCAAUUUAAGACAUAAAGUCACUUAAAAAGAAAAAAAAAAUGGAAGGAAAAUUUUAAGGAAAAUGACCCAUUUUUUUAUAAAACAUGAUCAGAAACUGGUAAUCUCUUGCAGGGUAUUUAAGUCUUGAAUAUGUCAGAGAUUAGUAAUAUAAUUGACUUCAAUGCAUUUUAAGUUUUUCUUUAGCAUCAGAUUUAAUAAAAAACUGCCUUUGGCGCCUCCCAGUGGCCAAAACUACUUUGUCUGCUGUAAAAUCAUAUUGGAUUAAUAUUUUUUUCAGAUUUUUUUUCAUACAUUUCUUAUUUUACUUCUGCCCUGUUCAAAACUAGCAAAUGUUCCAUUGAAAAUAAAAAAUUUUAACCCUUUAAGGGCCAAUUUAAGACAUAAAGUCACUUAAAAAGCAAAAAAAAUGGAAGGAAAAUGAAGGAAAACGACCCAUUUUUUUAAUAAAACAUGAUCAGAAACUGGUAAUCUCUAGCAGGGUAUCAGAGUCUUGAAUAUGUCAGAGAUUAGUAAUAUCAUUGACUUAGAUGCCUUUUAGGUUUUUCUGUAGCAUCAGAUUUAAUGAAAAACUGCGUUUGGCGCCCCUCAGUGGCCAAAACUACUUUGUCUGCUGUAAAAUCAUAUUGGAUUAAUAUUUUUUUCAGAUUUUUUUUCAUACAUUUCUUAUUUUACUUCUACCCUGUUCAAAACUAGCAAAUGUUUCUUUGAAAAAAAAAUUUUCACCCUUUAAGGGCCAAUUUAAGACAAAAAGUCUCUUAUGAAGCAAAAAAAUGGAAGGAAAAUGGAAGGAAAAUGACCUUAUUUGCUUCAUAAGAGACUUUUUGUCUUAAAUUGGCCCUUAAAGGGUGAAAAAUUUUAUUUUCAAAGAAACAUUUGCUAGUUUUGAACAGGGCAGAAGUAAAAUAAGAAAUGUAUGAAAAAAUCUGAAAAAAAUAUUAAUCCAAUAUGAUUUUACAGCAGACAAAGUAGUUUUGGCCACUGAGGGGCGCCAAACGCAGUUUUUCAUUAAAUCUGAUGCUACAGAAAAACCUAAAAGGCAUCUAAGUCAAUUAUAUUACUAAUCUCUGACAUAUUCAAGACUUAAAUACCCUGCAAGAGAUUACCAGUUUCUGAUUAUGUUUUAUUAAAAAAAUUGGUCAUUUUCCUUCAUUUUCCUUCCAUUUUUUUUGCUUUUUAAGUGACUUUAUGGCUAAAAUUGGCCCUUAAAGGGUUAAAAUUUUUAUUUUCAAUGAAACAUUUGCUAGUUUUGAACAGGGCAGAAGUAAAAUAAGAAAUGUAUGAAAAAAAUCUGAAAAAAAUAUUAAUCCAAUAUGAUUUUACAGCAGAAAAAGUAGUUUUGGCCACUGGGAGGCGCCAAAGGCAGUUUUUUAUUAAAUCUGAUGCUAAAGAAAAGCUUAAAAUGCAUUGAAGUCAAUUAUAUUACUAAUCUUUGACAUAUUCAAGACUUAAAUACCCUGCAAGAGAUUACCAGUUUCUGAUCAUGUUUUAUAAAAAAAAUUGGUCAUUUUCCUUAAAUUUUUCCUUCCAUUUUUUUUUGCUUUUUAAGUGACUUUAUGUCUUAAAUUGGCCCUUAAAGGGUUAAAAUUUUAUUUUCAAUGAAACAUUUGCUAGUUUUGAACAGGGCAGAAGUAAAAUAAGAGAUGUAUGAAAAAAAAUCAGAAAAAAAUAUUAAUCCAAUAUGAUUUUACAGCAGACAAAGUAGUUUUGGCCACUGGGAGGCGCCAAACGCAGUUUUUCAUUAAAUCUGAUGCUACAGAAAAACUUAAAAUGCAUCAAAGCCAAUGAUAUUACUAAUCUCUGACAUAUUCAUGACUUUGAUACCCUGCAAGAGAUAACCAGUUUCUGAUCAUGUUUUAUAAAAAAAAUGGGUCAUUUUCCUUAAAUUUUUGCUAUAUUUGUGACUUUUUGUCUUAAAUUGGCACUUAAAGGGUUAAAAAAAAUUGUUUUCAAUGAAACAUUUGCUAGUUUCGAACAGGGCAGAAGUAAAAUAAGAGAUGUGUGAAAAAAAAUCAGAAAAAAAUAUUAAUCCAAUAUGAUUUUACAGCCGACAAAAAAAGUGGCUUUUUUCGGCCACGAGGGACUCUGGAGGGUGAAAAUUUGUCCUGGCUUUAUUAUUGACCUGGUGAAAAUGUUGAAUUCAUGUUUUCGAGUAGAAUUUCAAAUUAAGCUUAGAAAAAAAAAUUCAUCACAUUUGCUGCAGUAAAAAAAAAAAUAUAUCCAAAUAAGUCUCUUGUUUUUUCGUCAAAUGGCCGAAUUCGGCCACAGGGACCCGGAAGGGUUACGGUUCCCUGAUCGAUUCUUUUCGCUCGGGUCUGCGUGCCUCGCACAAUAAUCACAAGAGGAAGAUAACGGUGCAAAAGACGUCAGAGAGGAGACAGGAGCAGUUCAAAACUGUGUCGGAACAGCUAAAUACGAGGGCGGGGCGAUGAACCCAAAAUUUAUUACAGUAACCAACGUCAUUUUUCCCAUAUCGGUAUAUUCAGUGUCAAAAUAAUAAAUCUAUCAAUAAUAAAUCUUUUUGGAUGUGUGUAGGUAGGCUAUGGUCUCAUGUCCCUUUAAGACGCUGUCCUACAUCAGAGACGUGACUCCACCCCAUCCAGUCUGUAAUAAAGAGGGAAAGACAGGUGAGGAGAUGGAGGACGGAGAGAAAGUUGGAGCGGCUGAAGUAGACAAAGUUAAUGUGGGAGGGGGAGAGCAGCUGGUGGAGUAGUUAUCGUCCAUUUAUCGUUAUCGAGGUGAACUGAUCGAUAUAUCAUGAUAUUGAUUUGAGGCCAUAUCACCCAGCUCUACUAAAUACUGUUGAUUACAGAAUCAGCACUUAAAGCAGAACGGUGCAACGUACGGAUUUAUCGUAAAAUCCACUCACUCUGUGAGGCCGACAGUUUUACAGUAAGAAGACUGUAGUUAAGACUGUCCUGAUCCAAUCCUUUACAUAUGAAGUUUCUAAGACCUGUUACUGAUCCCCUAAAAGACAUACUGAUUCAUGGUGAAGACUCAGUGUGGAAUCUAGAACAUAAUUCACACAGCUGUGUUUUUUAGGAGGUCACUUUUGAGGGUUAAAGUUCUGCCGAUGUGACAUUUCCCUGCAAAGUUAAGCAACUUUCAGUUUCUGUGCAGCUGUGUAGCUCUUCCUAGUUCAACAUGUGAAGUUUGUAAUCCUGCUGUAGUUACUAGUAGAUAAACUGAGCUCAGUAUAUGAUCACUUUGAUAUGUAAGUUAUAGAUGAGCUGACUGUCUGUAAACAGGGUUCCUAUGCAAGUAUGGAAAAGUAUAAAAGUAGUUUGAUCAAUUUCCAGGUCUUAAAAAGUAUGGUAAAUGAGAAAUAAAGUAUGGGAAAAUAUUUAUGUUUCCAGAAUAUUACCACAGUUCUAAAAAACUGUUUUCUAAAAAAAGAAACGCAGGUGUAUCCAAAAAUAAUUCUAAAAAGUAGGGUAUGGAAAAGUAUGGAAAUUCCAACUGUGUAGGAACCCUGUGUAAACAAUUUACUAAGAGAUGCAGCGCUAACCUCCACUGGUCACAAACCAGAACUCCACAGAGUGUUUUGACUCACUGGUGAAACAUUGAAAAUGGACAAAUACACGCUCAUGUUCCAGGAAGCUGAAACCCAAAAUCUCAUCUGGUUUUUGCAUCAUAAUUAAUGUUAAAAUUUCAUCUCAUGUAACUGCUAAUAUAUUUAUUAAACGAGGUCGAAAUCUUGACACGAAGCCUCUCCUGUUCCGCCCACUCUCUGUUUUUCCAGCUUAAAUAUCGGAGGUUUGUUUGUUUUAAUGACAGAAAAGAAAAAGCACGCUCUGUUGGGAUGUCUUGGCAUCCUUAUUAAACUGUCAAGAAGACCAGGCGUCUAUAAAACCAGUAAGACUGAGCUCUGAUGGCGUCUAUUCCACGGUUAAUUAUUAUUAAACAACCACGAAUAAAAACUUGAACUUCAUACAGCAAAGAGGAUCGAUUUCCAAACUGUUCUCCGCAUAUUUUUCCAAAUGCGUUUAAGGAGUUUUAUCUUGAACUCCUUGUUUCUCAGAUGUUUAACUGAAGUCAGUGCUGCAGUUUUGGCUCCAUCCACCGGAGGUUAAACGAGCACAGAGCGGCUCCGCUCUCACAAACGCCUGUUCAAAAAAAACUCAAAAGCACAAGUCGACCGUUUUUGCCUUCUGCUCUCCAAGGGUAUGUGGGGAAUGAAUGGAAGCUGUCCAAGUCAAAUCCAUAUAUUUAGAAAAACGCUUUGGACAGCGCAGGGAGGGCGGCAUCUCGGCCGACAAGAGAGAAAAACUGAAUCCACAAGUUUGAACAUAUGAAACUGAAGAUCUGGAGUCUGUGAGAGACGUUCAGAGGAGUCCACUUCAUUUACGAUGUCUUCUCCCUUUAUUCCCACAGAUCAAGGAAAAGUCCUGAAGGUCCUCCACAGCAGUGAGGGGGUCUUCAUCGUGUCCCAGUACUCCCUGUUUCACAACGAGGGUCCAGUUCUAAACAUGGCGAUUGAUUCCCAGAAGGUACGUGAAGUUUAGAGGUGAUUUUUAACGUAUUUCUGCUCAAAGGAAACAUGGAAACAGCGAAGUGACUAAACUCCAGGAGAAAAAGAUGUAAAAUUGAACAUUUCAGCGUUUGUCUGGAGUUCAUUUAAAAUACAGUCUUUCUUUGUAUAAUAGAGAAUUUCAGCUUCAUAAAUCUGAGCUCUGCUCACGGCUCGAACACAAAAGGUACAAAGAGUCCUGAUUACUCUAUUGAAUCCAUUCCCCAGGUAGGAUCCUAUUGCAGCUGUUAGAUGGGCUGUGAGUAAUAACCAUGAGGUGAGACAAUAAUGAAGCAGGUUACAGCCCCAGGUGUGGACCGUGAUCAUGAAUAUGAAACUUGAAGCAGUUAAAACAGUGUAUGAAGGAGUAACCCCCAAUUUCCACCACAUCCUGAUUGUCUCCUAAAAGGUCGUAUCCUCCGAUCGUAGCUGAUCGUUUCCAUUUAAGGUAACGAGUCAAUUUACACCGACUUCUUUCCGUUCCUCUGCGGAUCGCCGGACUCCUCAGCUGAUCACAAGAGUUCUAUUUUUUACGGACGCCGAAGCAUGGCGGAUAAAUUCAGCACAGAUUAACCCGUCGUUUCACCGCGAUGACACCAUGGAUGAGGAGAUGCUGAUUCUAGAAGUAGAUUUCCUCCUCUGGAAGGACACAAUCUACUGCUUAUAUGUCUAUGUGUCUGUCUUUAUAGAGACAACUCGUCAUCGCGCGAUUUAACGUGAAUCUGCAGGUUCUUGUGAGUUCUUGCGAUUCCCGCUGUCCGUAAUCCACCACGAAAUUCGCCUAACAAACUGAUCCAGUAAGAAACCGUGGACGGCGAAAAUCACUGCCGUUCCGGAUGCGGUAGAAAUUCAGGGAACAGUUACUUCCUGUUUGAUAAAAAGACACCAACACAUCGACCCUGCGGCGCUUCUUUAUUCGUUUGCCGUCUAACAAACACAAAACCGGACUGUGAGGUUCCAUCACUUCUUUAUAUCACAUGAAUCUCCUCCAGUCACGUCAUAAGUAUGGCCUUCUUGUCUUAUUGAUGUUUCUGUGGAGAUGAUUUCACCGUCCCAUUUCUCAGUCUGUGUCGCAGUGAGCGCUUGUAAUUUCUUUUAUAAGUAGCAUCCAAUAACCGCGCCGCCCUGCAUGACUUACUCCUGUAAUAUUGUGUUGUUGUUAUUGAGUCAUAAAACACAUACCUGAUUGCAUAUUUCCCUCCUCAGGGACACCUGUACGUCGGCACGGCCAUGGAGGUCCAGAGACUGCCGCUGGCUGACUGCGGUCGCUAUGGCGACACAUGCAGAGAGUGCAUCCUGUCCAGGGAUCCUUACUGCGGCUGGGACCGGGCCAGGAGGAAGUGCAUCGCCAUCCCGCCUGGAUACAACGUCACGACUGGGUAUGAUUGGACAUGAUGUCACCGCUGCAGAGCCGGCGUCUGUUUUUGAGCUGAUAGAGGGAGGGAAGGAGGACGCUCAUUAGCAAUUCAAGGAACGCUCUGGAUUAGUGCUGCCAGAUCGAAAACAUUAACCCACUUAACUCCACGACAACAAGGAGUCCUCUAGUGCAUUAACUGGUACUCCAGCUAAUUGUACUUUGAUUUCUCUGAGUUUUCAUGUUGGUACAGCUGGUACAACCCAAGCUAAAACAAUAAUGACCAACCGAGUAUAGAAAUGUAAUAAACAGAACACAAGAGAGCAGAUCUAGGAGCAGUAACAACAGAGUCCUUUGACUGAUGGCGCACUUAAACUUUACACACUCACACCUGUAAGCUGCACAUCACUUCCUCUCUGACAUCUGCCCUCAGGCGUGUUCUCCACCGAGUCGUUGUUUUCUGAUGUGCAGGAUGUAACCUCCCCACGAAGAACAGAAUAUAUCCAUAAACUGCUCAGAUUUUGUUGUUUUAUCUCUAUAUUUAGUCACUUUUUCUGCAGUUCUCCACAUGUUGUAUUGUUUCUGCUUAAUGUGGUGGAAUCUAAAUUUCUUAAACACUUCAUAUCCAGAAAUAAACGCAGCAAACUGAGGUCGAUCCUGGACUGAUUUUCAUUUUGAUUCCACUGUGUCCUGUGGAGAGUACAGGGGUCAGCCAAACACGACCUAAUCAGCUGCUCCCAGCUCGGGCCGCUCUGAUGAAUUUCUGGCAUGUUAGAAAUUCUGGCUGGCCAACUGCAAACUCAGGAGAACGAGCCGAUUCUCCAAGAUCAGCUUUUUUUUCUGUUUGCAGCUCCAUAAAUGACGGAAAGUGUCUGAAGGCACCAAGUCAACUGAAACACACAUUAACUCAUUCAGUGCCAGGUUCAUUUAUGCACAUUUUACCCAGUGCCACUAUUGACCGCAAUAAAAAUUUCCCUGUCUUUCGUAUCGGCAAAGAUGGUCAAAUCAUCUUUGCCGAUCUGGAAAAAGAAACCUGAGAAAAACACGUUUUUUAUGAAGGAGAGACUUUCAAGCAGAACUCUGAUCAUCUAUUAAACUUCACUUUAAACUACUUUACCGGUGGCAUCAAGGUCCUCCCUCUUCCAACACCACUCUACUUCACUCUCGAGAUCCGAUUGUGAUAGGUCGCUUUGUGAUGGCUGAGAGUCACAUUGGCUCUCAAGAACCUGACACCACGGCAUAAACCACACCGAUUGCUCUCGUCCUACUCGCCGGGACUGUCGCUGAAUUCCAGCGCAGUCUCACUCACCAGUAUCACAGUAGCACAAUAACACACCGGAAAACUGUUUCUUUGAUUGUCUGCUGACGACGUGAAGGUCCAGUACUGGGAUCUCCACUGGAUCCAGAGACGGUAGCACCACUUCCACGGGAGCCGAUGUGCCGAGACCGUUUGCUCUUGGCCAAUGACUUUGGCAUUUUCCUCCUCUCCUUGUAGAGAAAAAAACACUCCGCAGCUAGGCUAAUUGGCACACUUGAUGGCACCCUUCUCACUGGCCAGUACUUGUUUUUGUUACUAUAACAUGGUUAUGACGUGUUUGUCGACUUUUUUUGUGCUCAGAACGACCCCAAACUUAGUUGCAUGUUGGGGAGGAGCGCCCUCUGGUGAAAAACAAACAAUAAAAAAUGGAAAAAUCCGUCAGAAUCCGUCAUUGGCACUGAAUGAGUUAAUCUGUAAUAAUCAACUAAAACAUUACGACCACUAGGACCAGUCCAGUACAACAGCUCUGCCACAAAUUCCUGUGUGCCUUACGAAGCUUCUGCAUUUUCCACUCGCACAGCUUGUGUUCAUGUAUAUUUCUGGUACAUUUGUAUAAUUGCACGGAGCAUUUCCAGCCUCAAGGGUUUGGAUUUCAUAUAAGUUAUGCUCUUUUCAUUAUUGCCGUGUUUUCCAUCAUUUGAACCAGGAGCCAUAAUUCAAACAGUAAACCAAAUCAAUACGUUGCUCCACCUAACAGAGAAUUACAAUGCAAUGAGAAUUCAAAAGCACUGACUUCAGCUUGCAGAAGGCUUGAAGGCUUCAGCUCUUACAGCUUGUUAAGAUCAGUUCAAACAGAUUUAUGCAAACAAGGACGUCCUGCAGCCAAACGUGUCCGUCCUCCUGCUGUCUGGGUUUUUAGUUUCAUGCAACAUGAUGUGCAAGAAAGUGAGACCGUCAAGGAAAGUAGAGAUCAAAAAAGUUGCAGAAACAUGUGUAGUUCAGAAAACAACUUCAUUAAACCAACUCCCUUUGGCUUGUGGCCCGUCAGGGUUAGGGUUAGGGUUGUGGCCGAAGGUUUGGGGUUUCUGAAUGACUUUCUGUCAUUUAUGGAGCUGCAAACAGAAAAAAAAGCUGAUCUCAGAGAAUCGUCUCGUCCUCCUGAGUUUGCAGUUGGCCAGCGAGAGUUUCUAACAUGCCAGAAAUUCAUCAGAGCGGCCCGAGCUGAGAGCAGCUGAUUGGGUCAUGUUUGGCUGACCCCUGUACGUGUUGGUCUCAUAAAGUUGUUUCCUGAACUACAAGUGUUUCUGGAGCUCUUUUGAUCUCUCCAAGCAUCUUGGAUGUUGGUGAAGUUAAGCCAGAACUUCUGACCGUCAAGGAAAGUGCAACAUGAUCACGUAGAAGACCAAAGCCCUUACUUCGUAUCGCAAAAGGCGUCCCAGUCAUUUGUUUUUUACUAGAAUUUUCUCCAACCCUUUUAAACCACCUUACAAAUUGUGACGAAUCAUAAAACGAUGACAGAGGAUGUAAAAACCUGCCCCUGAGUUUCAGCUUCCAGCAGCAGACUGGUUGUAAAAAGCUUCAUCUGCAACUAAUAAUACGGUAAUAUCUCCUGUUCUGACUGACAGUCAUUAGCUGUGGGGUGAUGAAACGUUGGUAAAAAUACAUUCAGCUCAUCAGUGAUGCAUUUUGCACUUGGACUGCAUCGGUUAAAGAAGUGCUUUAGCUUUAAUGGAUCUUUGGUUUUCUAAUUUUAAGGCCGAAUAUAAAAAUCAAUCAUGUGCUGUAAUGAGCCUCCGACUCCUUUCUUUGCCUUCUCUCUCUCUGACUUCACUGAUUGAUUUGUCUCUGCAUGUUUUCAUUUGUAUGUAACAGUCAGUUGAUGUGAAAGUGUUUAAAGCGGCUAAUUUGUCCUCUCUAUUAUUUUUCCGACAGGGGGCUCAUUCAGAAUCUGGACUAUUCCAACUCCUCGGUUUGUGGGGAAGCUGCUGGUGAGCCCUUAUCUGCUCUCUCCCACUCUCUCUCUCUUAAUUAAACCAGAAUAGGAACCUUUCUGAGCAGCUACAGUAAAAAGAUGAUUAUCAUAUAAUUGAGUCCAAGAAGCCCGCAGGGAGAGACUCUUUUCCCCCCACAUCUUGCCCCGUCUCAGCGCUGAAAACCCAGUUUUAACCUCAAAUAACCGUGACAAUGACCCCGCCUUAUCUCUCUGAAGUGAUCAGACUUUAACAUUUCAUUUAUUUUCAUUUGUGUCAAAGGUGGCACAUGACCUUUCCGCUGAUCCGGCGACAGGUUUGAUCCUUUCACUCAGACAAUUACACUGUGAUCUUAAAACAGAGAAAAAUCCUCCAACAAAAGGCUGUUUUUAAAUCGACCUCAUUCUAUUUAAGCUGGAUAAACUCCGAACCAGAAUAUGACUUGAUGUUUUCACUUGAAAAAGCUCUUUUCAGUCACUGCCAAGCUUUUCAAUGCAGCACCACGGGAGCCGAGAUGACAAUCAUUGGAAAUACGUUUCCCUUUUUUUCACAGUCAAAGCAGCUUCUCAGAUCGAGUCGGCAAACAUUCAUUUCUUUGUUUGACAACUACAGCAGGUUAAGUGGCGUAAUAAUAACUCUAUGGUGUGGCUCUGUUGAAAACUCAUUUCAACUAUAUCUUCUUUUUGAGUUUGUUCACCUUACUAAUGAAAAAAAAUGAUAAGGCCAAAACUUCAGGUCCAGACGGUCACGUUUGUUUUUGGUCAGAGUUAGCAGCACGAGUCAAUCAUUGACUUUGUUUUACACUCCCAAUUUAAAAAACAGAUUUAGAUGGUUUCCAAUUCAUUUAAACUCUAUAUAUUUAAUUGGAAAAUGUGCAAGGACAAUAUAUCAAUGUUUGAAACUAACAAGUUUGUUAUUAAAUGAAAAAAUGCUCAUUUGAAGUUUUUGUACCUGCAAAAUGUUUCAAAAAGUUGGGGAAGCUGCUGAUGCUGAAAGGUAAAAACCUAGAGGAACAUCGACCUCUUAUCUGCAAGGUUCAGUAACAUUAUUGUGUAUAAAAACAGGUAUUUCAGAGAGGCCAUGUCCCUCAGGAGUGAAAAUGGGAACAGGGUCUGUGAGAGUCUGAGUGAGCAAAUAGUUCAACAAUUUCAGGUUUUUGUUCCUCAGCGUAAAACUGCAAAGAAUUUCAGGAUUUCAUCAUCUAAAAGAAACAGGAGAAAUCUUUGUACAAAAGGUUUAAAAACCAGGACUGGAUGGUUAUGAUCUUCAGGUCCUCACAUUCAAAAGAGACAGGACUCUGUAGUUGAGUCACUGCAUGGGCUUAAAAUCAUAGAAACCACAAACUCUGCUCUAAAGAAGAGAAGUACGAGUCUGUCUGCAAAUCAAUCAACACUUUAAAUUUUAACAUCUUUUUUAAUGAUGUUUGAAGAUUCAAAGAAACUUCUGUACAAGAGCGGUUGAGGCCAAAAACCAACAACAGACGGCCCCUUAUCUCCGGGUGUUAAAAACAGACUUGACUCUAAAGUGGAAAUCCCUGCAUGAACUCAAAAACCAUCGUCUGUGAAUGAAGUUGGAUUUGUGCUUCCAGAUUUAUGCAGAGAGGGAAUAUCAGUAACAUCUUCAGGCCCGAGAUCAUUAAAGAUGGACUGAAGUAAUUAAACUAAACUAUGAUUAAAAUUAAUGAUAUUCAGCUUUAACAAAUCAAGUAACUCCAGUCUCAACUUUUACUGACAAGAUUCCCAGAAAUUCAACGCUAUAAUUGGACUUCAGCGUCAUGACUAAUCUGAGAAAAGGAAACCGUUCUUAUUAAGAUCUCCAAACGGGAUAAUUAUCAUUGUGAUAAAAAAAAAUAAAGUUUCUCAAAGUUUUUCCCAUGACCCCUCGGGCAGAGUUCACUCCCGGUGUUAGACUGCAGACGCUCGGACAGAAUUCUUAAUGGUGAAGAUUCAAUUUGGCGUGCAGCUGUCUUUAUUUCCGUCCAUCCUCAGGGACCUGACUACCCAGGUUUGCUUCAAUUUAUUCUAACUUAGUGAGGAAAUUCAAAUGCAGCUCCUCCGUGUGACUUCCUCUCUCUCUAAAAGAGAUCAUGAUUGGAUUAACCUGUGAGGGAGCCUCAAGCCAGAACUCAGCCAUAGGUCUCACUUGACAACUUGGCACAUGGCCUGUUUAAAAGACAGACGAUAAUGUGGGACCUGCCUUCAGGCUCGGAGAAUUCCUCUUGGUGAUAUACUAUAACGGAGCAUAUUCCCAAAUUCAUCAGCUGCUAAUCAAAUAACCACAAACUUGCUUACACACAUAAUGAAUAGGAGGACUUUGGGUCCCUGAUGAUCCAGGGCCUUGAGGCAGUUCCCUGCUUUUCCAGGCUGGUAAUCCUGCCUUGUUAAAUUCGACAAAACAACCGAUGUGCAGAGCAGCAUGAGGAUGAGCUAGACCGUAGUGAGGUAGGGCAGAGAGUCUGUUUAACGGCUAAAGCUGCUUCAGACUAAAGCGAAUGUACAGUACAGGCCAAAAGUUUGGACACACCUUCUCAUUCAAUGCAUUUUCUUUGUUUUCAUUACUAUUUAAAUUGUAGAUUCUCAAAACUAUAAAUGAACACAUGUGGAAUCAUGUGCUUAAGAAAAAAGUGUGAAAUAACUGAAAACAUGUUUUGUAUUUUAGAUUUCUCAAAGUAGCCACCCUUUGCUUUUUUGAUAGCGCUGCAAACUUUAGCUGUUCUCUCAAUGAGCUUCAUGGGGUAGUCACCUGAAAUGGUUUUUACUUCACAGGAGUGCCUGAAGUAACCCUGACAAGGUACUUCUGUCAUCAAGAGCAAAGGGUGGCUAUUUUAAAGAAACUAGAAUAUAAAACAUGUUUUCGGUUAUUUCACACUUUUUUUAUAAGUACAAAAUUCUACAUGUGUUCAUUCAUAGUUUUAAUGCCUUCAGUAAUAAUCUACAAUGUAAAUAGUCAUAUAAAAAAAUAAAGAAAAGACAUUGGAUGAGAAGGUGUGUCCAAACUUUUGGCCUGUACUGUACGUACACACAGGUUAGUCCACACAGAACAACAACAAACAUCACCUCGACUGAUCUCAACCACCGUAACUGUAACAGGAUAGUGGAAAAAAACGGUCCAACAAGGAGCUUCAAAGGCAGAAGAAGUAAAAGUUUAAACUGACCCCCAAACCUUCAGACUUGACCCCCAAAUCUGACAGCAUCUUAUAAACAAGUGCAACGUAUUUUCUGGAUUUUGCAUCAAGUGUAUUCUACUGUAGCCAAACACCCCGUUUAUCUAUCUGCACAUGCUAUGGUAUCUCAUCACACCAUCUCAUACUUGUAUCCUAUCACAUCGUCUCAUGUUGUCUCAUAUCGUAUCGACUGGUACUGUAUCGUCUCAUAUCAUCUCAUCAUAUUGUAUCGUUUCAUUUCGUAUCGUAUCGUCUAGUCUUGUCUCGUCUGUUUAUGUCGCCUCAUAUUUUAUCAUAUCAUCUCGUUUUGUCUAAUUGUAUUCUCAUAUCAUAUCGUAUCAUCUCAUAUUUUCUUGUCAUCUCAUAUCGCAUUGUAUUGUGUUGAAUAGUCUUGUAUCAUUUUGUAUAAUCUCAUAUCUUCUCAUCUCAUAUUGUCUAGUCUUGUCUGGUUUGUCUCGUAUCAUACCGUAUCAUCUCGUAUUGUCUCAUAUUGUAGUAUCUCAUAUCAUAUCGUUCCGUAUCAUCUUAUAUCGUGAGGUCUUCUACUGUAUCGUCUCAUAUUGCAUCAUUUCAUAUUGUAUAGUCUCCCAUCAUCUCAUGUAGUACUGUCUCAUAUCAUCUCAUAGUGUAUCGUCUCACCUCAUUAUUGAAGCUCGAUCUUUGAAACCUUAUCACAAAACCUCCAUGAUCCCUUCACUUUUAAACUUGUCACAGGCUGAUUGAACUACCUUUAACUGGUCAUAUUAAUGUUUUUGAUCCCUGUCUUCGCAGCUCUGAAACUGCGUCGCACCUCCCCAAGAGAGGUACUGGUGCAGAAAAACACCACCAUCUUCCUCCCUUGCCCUGUGCGCUCCUUCCACGCCACCUAUCGCUGGGAGAAAGACAACUGCGUCAAAAACUAUCCCUGCCUUUUCUCUGGGGACUUCUGCGUCCUGGGGCCGGUUGUUGACACGCCCCUGAAGGAAGGCGUUUUCCGCUGCAUGGCCACCGAGGACGGAUUCAAGGUGGAGGUGAUCUCCUUCAGGCUGGUGAACAACGGCAGACUCCUCGCCGCCUCCCUGGCCUCCACCUUGGGGCUGUCGCUCCUGCUGGCUGUGGCCACCUUGUGGCUUCAUUAA